CACAAAGACAUGGAAGGAACUGGAUGGUGAUGGUGGAAAAUGUUCUCUUUGCUUGUCUUCUCCUGCUCUGGAAGGUAGGACUCAAACCAAUGGCUUCAAGCUACAUGAAAGGACAUUUCAACUUAACACUUGGAAAAACUUUCUGACAGCAAGAGCUGUUUGGCAGUGGAAUAAGAGGUGGUGGAUUCUCCUUCCUUGGUUUUUUUUUAUUAUUAUCUUUUAUUUCCAAAACCAAAAAAAGAAAAAUUACAAACAUCAAAUUCAACAUCCAUAUUCAUUUUCUAACUUAAACCUAUUACAUAAUUAACUACGGUAAAUUAAAAUAUACCUAAUUACUCUAAAUUUCUCUUUGCUGUAUACAAAUACAACACAGUUAGAAAUUUUAUAUUAAAGCUUUUGUAUUAUAAAUAAUAUUUCAAAUUCCCCUAUACCCUCCCCCGUUCCCCUUCACCCAUGUGUGAUCUUAUUUUAUUUUAUUUUUACUUCUUCCGUCUUGUUGUGUUGUUAUAAUUUAAUCAUUGUUCAGCUGAUUCUUUUAUUAUUUCUUUGCUUACCCCUGCACGUUUUACACGUUAUCUAUUAAUAUUCCAGUUCCAGAACCAUAUUUUUGCAUAUACUGUAUUCCUUCACUCCCUCCCACUCUUUAAUUAUUCUCUGAUUUGAAUGGCCUCUAAUAGUUGCCGUCAUUUUUGCCAUUUCCACAAACUCACAGAGUUUACUUUGCCAUUCUAAUAAUGAUGGUAUUUUCUCCCCCUUGGGGGCUUUUAAGCAGAGGUUGGAUGGACAUCUGUCAUGGAUGCUUUAGCUGAGAUUCCUGCAUUGCAGGGGGUUGGACUAGAUGACCCUCGGGUCCCUUCCAGCUCUAAGAUCCUAUGAUCCUAUUACUCUAUGCUUGCAGAAGGCACUCUAUAUUCUCACACUUUCCCUUCACUCCAGGAACAGCUUCUUCUUGUCUACAAACAUCCACACCAGCAGGUCCGGUACUUAAGAGGUCUCUAAUGCCAUUCACAGGGACGCAGGUGGCGCUGUGGGUUAAACCACAGAGCUUAGGACUUGCCGAUCAGAAGGUCAGUGGUUCGAAUCCCCGCGACAGGGUGAGCUCCCGUUGCUCUGUCCCUGCUCCUGCCAACCUAGCAGUUUGAAAGCACCUCAAAGUGCAAGUAGAUAAAUAGGUACCGCUCCGGCGGGAAGGUAAACGGCGUUUCUGUGCGCUGCUCUGGUUCGCCAGAAGUGGCUUAGUCAUGCUGGCCACAUGACCCGGAAGCUGUACGCCGGCUCCCUCGGCCAAUAAAGCGAGAUGAGCGCCGCAACCCCAGAGUCAGUCACGACUGGACCUAAUGGUCAGGAGUCCUUUACCUUUAAUGCCAUUCACAUUUGCACAGAAGGGGAAUCUGCCAUUUCAGAGCCAGGCCUAUAUGACUGAUAUAUGCAAAGCUGGUUUCCCCCAAUGCUUACGAUUCCAUAUCUGAUUCACAGUCAGCCGGCCUCUGCAGAGCUUUUUACAGCAACCCAACGAAUUAUUCUUAGACACUGAGAAGCAAUAAUGAGUGGCUAGGCAACCUUUUCUGUUUGGCUGCCACGGGGCUGGUGAUCAUCCAUUCACCCUUUUCCAGAGUCAGUUUGAGCUGCCUAAGGAUAGGUACCAGGAUACAGAGUUGGCGUUUGUUCUGUUGUUUCCUGGUCUCACCAUUUAGUGGUUCAACACAGUGCCUCACACCUUGGUGUCUGCAGCUAUGCAAAUCUGCACAGACACUUCUUGAAAACUCAAAACGGUUUUUUUAAAAAUGGUUUUGAUCUGACGUUUUUAGCAGCGUACAGUUCUGAAAAGGUUGCGGUGAAGUCUAACUGGCUGCAAGCAUGCUUCUCCUUUAUCUCCACUGUCUCCUUUCUCAGUUUUGGUUCCUCUCCUGUCUCAAUGCAUCACGUGGAGUGCUCACAAUUUGAAUCAUGUGUCUGGGUAAGCUGUAUUAGAUCAUUGCAGGAACCACAAACCCUCUUGUUGGAGUUUUGAAACAAAACAGCUUUUGGGGGGAAGACUGUAAGCUUUCAUGGAUUGGGGCCCAUUUCAUCAGGUGUGUUAUCUAUCAUUUGACCACGAGGACUAUCUAGUCCAGCCCCCUGAAAUCCAGGAAUAUUUUUCCAGACGCAGGGCUCUAACCCGCGACCCUGAGUCUCAUGCUCUAGGAGAUCCCAACUAAAGAAGAAUGGCAACUUAAAGAAGAUGGAAUAUGCACAGCUUGCAGACCUAACAUACAGAAUAAGAGAACAAGAAGAACAUACAUUUAAAGAAGACUGGAAAAUGUUUAUUGUAUAUAUGGGGGGAGGGGAUUGUGUACACAUGAAAACGUAGGCAGCAUUAAGAUAAAUUCAACAGUGUAAACAAGUUUUGUAGGAUGUAAUAAUGGAACACUGAAUGGUUUCCUUUAUGUAAAAUAUGCAAGGAUUUAUGAUAUGCAAAAUGAACCAUGGAAAGAGAAGUCAUUGACAUUUUUUUAAAAAAAUCAUUUUAACUGAUUUUCCAAUAAAAACAGCCAAUCAACAUAUCCACAUCAUAAUCCAAUUAAAAACAAGAAACUACAAUAAAAAAGACCAAAUUGUAAUCCAAAUUGUAUUUAUUAAUUUUGGGGGGCUCCCCAUAGUCUGGGCCUCUGAAGCAUGUCUCCAAAUCUUCGUCAAGAUUGUUUAAAUGAAUAUUCUAAAGUGUAAAACAAAAAUAUAUAUAUAUAUAUAUAUAUAUAUAUAUAUAUAUAUAUAUAUAUAUACACACACACACAGUGCUUUUUUCUGGGGGGACACAGGGGUACGCAUACCCCUAAACAUUUUGUGAAUCUAAGUUUGGCCUCAUUGAGGGGCAAUAUUUCAAUAUGAGUAGGAAAGUGAGAGUGCCCCUAAACAUUUUUUUAUAUAGUGAGUCUCAUGCUCUACCAAUGAUGGAGCCUGCUUCUUCUCAACUUGGAGGGCCACUCAGCAAUGAAGCGGGACACGAAGUGUGCCCAAUAUCUGCUGCUUCCUGCCUUGCCAGGGGUUGGACUAGAUGACCCCUGCGGGUCCCUCCCAACUUGGCGCUUCCGGGCGCUAGGACCCAACGUGCGAGGCGCCCGGCUGGGGGCGCGCCGGCCCUAGGACCCAGCGGCGCCGCUCCGAGAUACACCUGUGCCUGGGGCGGCGGAGUUUCCCGCUGGCUCGCCCGGGGUCGGCGGCAGGUGAGAAGUCCGGCGGGCGGGACCCGCCUCCUCCGGGCUCCACCUGCGCCAGAGCGGAGGCUGCCCAGCAGUCGCGGCCAGAGAGCGCGCCGACCUCCGCGCCGAGGUGGUCCCGGGCGAGGUGAGUGCAGCCUCUCCGCCUUUGUGCUUCGGGCUCCGGGAAUCGGGGCGCGGACCCACUUCUUCUGGGACUGGGGAGCCGCUGGGCUGGGCUCCUUCCUUGGCCGGGGGGCAGGCGCGCGUCCCCUCCCCCCCCCCCCAUCCUUGGUGGCUUUCCCGUUUGAGGAGGAAGCGCAUUUGGGGACAGGGUCCCGUGGGGUGGAUGCUGAAGGCGUGGGGGGCUUCCCCCUGGAGUUGGGGUGAAUUUGUGGCUAUCCCGCCCCCCCAAAAAGAGGGUUUUUUGCUUCAACUUGUGAUACAAAUAUACAUUAGAAGGCUUUAAUAUUUUCCCUCUUUUUGCAAAUCUCGUUUUAACCCCUGGCGAUCCAAAUAGAGAGGAGGGGGCUUUAUUUUUGUGUUUGUUAGUCCCGCUAAACUAUUGCCUUAGGAGGGUGGGAGGGUGUGGUUGGGUUGCGUUGGAGGCGAGUUGAGAGAUGGCAUCAGGCUACUUCAGAUGUCCUCUUUCUGCGGCUUCUUCCUCCUGCCUGUCUUCUCCCUCCCAUCCCUCCCUCCUCAAACUAUCCUGAACAAAUGGAAAGCGGGUUUUGCCACUGGGAGUAAAUCACCUUACUAUCCAUUCACUUGUCAGUUCCUUCCAGCCCUUUCCACUGAAGGUCAUGUGCGGUCGAAUAUUGCGCGCGGACUGACUUGAAGGAGGGGUGGCUUCUUAUUGUGACACAGUCAUCGCACUCGGGUCUCUGGUUCACAGGUCCGACAGGUUUUGAACCAAUACUGAAACCUGCAAAACUUGCUUGAUCGGGGCAGAGAGCGGGGAUUGCUUCUGCGGAUGUGGGUGUGAGUGUGCGCCACAGGAAGUGGCACUUUUCUCAAAUCUCCUUCGACUCUGCCUAAAAGCAGACUCUGGUCUGCGUCUCUGUGAUUUUGAAAUGCUGCGCCUAUCCUGCAUUAACAUCAUUCACAAGUGCACCCAAAUAACCCCCUGUGAGGUUCAAAUGCUCAUUUGGCAUUGCAAAUUUAGGCAUGACAGCUUCUUGGAGUGUGUAGGCUUUGGGGAGGCUUGCAAGUUACCCUUCAUGUUGCAGUGAUGAUCCCCAUUCCAUUGCAUGCCACUUUAUAGACCGGGAGUAGCCAAAGUCGUUCCUUUCCACUGUUGUUGUUGUUGUUGUUUAGUUGUGUCUGACUCUUCGUGACCCCAUGGUCCAGAGCACGCCAGGCACUUCUGUCUUCCACUGCUUCCCGCAGUUUGGUCAAACUCAUGUUAGUAGCUUCGAGAACACUGUCCAACCAUCUCAUCCUCUGUCGUCCCCUUCUCCUUGUGCCCUCCAUCUUUCCCAACAUCAGGGUCUUUUCCAGGGAGUAUUCUCUUCUCACGAGGUGGCCAAAGUAUUGGAGCCUCAGUUUCACGAUCUGUCCUUCCAGUGAGCACUCAGGGCUGAUUUCCUUCAGAAUGAAGAGGUUUGAUCUUCUUGCAGUCCAUGGGACUCUCAAGAGUCUCCUCCAGCACCAUAAUUCAAAAGCAUCCAUUCUUCCACGAUCAGCCUUCUUUAUUGUUGGACUCCAACUCCCAUCAUCCUUGGCCAUUGGCCCUGCUGGCUGAUGCAGCUGAUUGGAACUGGAGAUGCAGCAAUGCUCUAAACUCCACCUGCAGUUGCUGUUGUAGUUGUUGUCAGUGGCGUAGCGUGGGGGUGCAGGGGGGCCAGCCGCACUGGGCGCAACAUCUGGGGGGGGCGCUCGCAGCUCUCUGCCCCUACCUCGAGUGCUAAAAUCCACGGGUUAGGGGGCGCAAAUUACUUGCCUUGCCCCGGGUGCUGACAACCCACGCUACGCCACUGGUUGUUGUUACUUCUAUUACUAAAGAGAGAACGGGGAAAAGCAAAUCUCAGAAUGGACCUUCUCUGGAGGUGGUGGACUCUCCUUCCUUGGAGGUUUUCAAGCAGAGGUUUUUAAGAACAUCUGUUUUGGAUGCUUCACUUGAGACUUCUGCAUUGCAGGGAGUUCGACUGGUUUACUCUUGUGGUCCCUUCCAAUUCUGUGGUUCUAACUGUAGUGAAAAGAGUAUGUUCAACAAUGUAUGUAGUAAGGGAGGUUGUAUUAUCCAGUAUUGCAAGUGGGGCGUGAGAGAUGUUUGUUGGAGACUACCUAGUCCAUGAGUAGGCAAACUGGGGCUGAAUCCGGCCCAAUCGCCUUCUAAAUCUGGCCCACGGAUGGUCUGGGAAUCAGUGUGUUUUUACAUGAGUAGAAUGUGUCCUUUUAUUUAAAAUGCAUCUCUGGGUUAUUUGUGGGGCCUGCCUGGUGUUUUGACAUGAGUAGAAUUGUGCUUUUAUUAAAAUGCAUCUCUGGGUUAUUUGUGGGGCAUAGGAAUUUGUUCAUAUAUUUUUUUCAAAAUAUAGUCCAGCCCCCCACAAGGUCUGAGGGACAAUGGACUGGCCCCAUGCUGAAAAAGUUUGCUGACCCCUGAGAGUGGGUUGAUAAUGUAGGCAACAGUUUAAUCAGGGACAUCUGUGUCCACAGCUUAGACUUUCAGUACAGUUUAGUUGCUUUGGACAAUUUAGCACAAAUGUCUAGGGAAGUUAUUGUAUCCAUCUGAAAGAUUGGAUUGGCAGACACCACAAUCCCACCACCACCAAACAACAAAAAUAAAACUACAAUUAGGGAAUGAUUAGUUGCUGCAGUCAUGCCACUGAUGUUUCUCUUUUGAGACGCAGCUUGUCCAGUCCACCCAAACCCCCUGUCACAAGUUGGGACCAUUUGCAAUCCCACCCCCCCCCCCCCAUGUGAAAACUAUGCCCAUGUCAAGAGAAUGAUUCAACAUGUGCUCAGCUCGUGGGUCAUUUUUUGUCUGCAACACAGGGCAGCACUCACAAGAUGGCAAAAGUGACAGUGAUUACACUCAUCUUCUGAUGAGGAAAAAAAUCUCGGUUGUCCAGUCUUUCUGCAGACAACUUGACAUGCAGAGUUGGCACCUAUGCAUGUAUGCACUGAGUCUGCAAUCAGAUUAAAGCACUACAUUACUGACCUUCCCAAACCUAGUGCCCUUUAGAUGUUCCUCACUACAACUCCCAUCAGCUUCAGCCACUGUGGACCAAAGAUUAAAGAUGAUGGGAUUUGUAGUCCCAUGACCUGUGGAGGGCCACAGGCUAUACUUGACUUUCUUUUUUAAAAAAGUGCAAACAAAAAUUGCUUAGGGGGACAAUGGCACCACAAUAUGUCUUCAGUAAGCAAUGUAUUGUAAAGCUGCAUUGAUUUUCAUUUCCUCCCCCUUCCCCUUCCCCCUCCCCCUCCCCAACUUUGCCUAAAGGUAGAUGAGCUGCUGCCGCUCAGUUGAGCAUUAGAUGUUUUCCCUUCCAGCCAGUCUCAUCUCAAGCAUUUUUUCUGGAAACGCUGAGUAUCAUUACCUCCAUCGCUCUGUAAGAACCAAUGGGCUUCCAUCGUUCCAGCAGAUUUAUUUACGUGUAUGCAGAUGUUGGGACUCGGGUGGUGCUGUGGGUUAAGCCACAGAGCCUAGGACUUGCCGAUCAGAAGGUUGGCGGUUCGAAUCCCCACAACAGGGUGAGCUCCCGUUGCUCGGUCCCUGCUCCUGCCAACCUAGCAGUUUGAAAGCACAUCAAAGUGCAAGUAGAUAAACAGGUACCGCUCCGGCGGGAAGGUAAACGGUGUUUCUGUGCGCUGCUCUGGUUCGCCAGAAGGGGCUUAGUCAUGCUGGCCACAUGACCCGGAAGCUGUACGCCGGCUCCCUCGGCCAAUAAAGCGAGAUGAGCGCCGCAACUCCAGAGUCGGUCACAACUGGACCUAAUGGUCAGGGGUCCCCUUGAACUUUACCUUUAUGCAGAUGUUAUAGGUGGAUGGGGCGGGAAGAGAAGUCUGUGGGUAAUAUGAUGUGCAGCUACUGCAAAUGAAAAGCAGUCGAUCAAAACUCAUUGUUACACUGUUUUCUAGGGGCAAGAGUUCAGGGCAGUCAUCCAGAGCCCCACUCAGCAGUAUGAGCAAGAAGGCUCCAAAUGUUGGAGGAUUAUCACAAUUUGAAGUAAUGCACAUUGCCAUCUAAGGUGCUCACCCAUUCAGUCCGGAGUCAAAAAUAGCAAAACUGCACGUGUUACGGGGGGGGGGGGGUUGGGGGGGGUCAAACUUACAUUCCCAGAAAUGCUGCAAUUCCUCAAUGAGCAGAUGAAACUCCAGACUUCUACUCUGUACUUGGGGGAAAGAUCUAUUGAGUUCAAUGGGACUUUCUUCUGAGUAAAUGUGCAUAGGAUCAGGCUCCACACUGAUUUUUUUAAAUGCAGCAGUGAUCUUGUCGAAGGCCAGUGCACACCUUUUAUACAGGUGGUGAAGUUGUUGUGAGAGUAAACCAUUUUUAUUUAUUUUCUUAAAGGAUUACCUCGUGUUCUUUUCCGUCAGAUGGAGAGAAAGUGGGGGAUUUAGAGAACAAUCCUGUGCCCAUCUGCUCUGUGGUAAAUCCUGACCGAUGGAGUUUAUUCUCAGGAAAGCGCCUAUAAAGAUUGCAUCUUUAAAGUCUAGUUCAAAUGAAGGGUUAACCUCUGUGCCAGCUAGACAGCCCUGCAUGGAAAGGUUAGCAGCUGCUUGAAAGAUAACAGCCUUUCUUGCCACAGAGUUUACUGAUGCAAGACUAAACUUGCUGGAUCUCUUACCUUUUCUUUAAAAAAAAAAAAUAUUGGCUGAUAGUGAGCAGUAAUUCAAGGGGACAGCAGUGUGAACACCAAGGAACAUUUGAAAGCACCAUCACCUAUGGGCUUUGAUCAAAACCUUGGUUUUCAUCUUAAAUAAAUAUGUAUGAUUUCAAGUGGGGACUAUUGGGGGGGGUCAGAAUCCCCGCAACAGUGUGAGCUCCCAUUGCUCGGUCCCAGCUGCUGUCCACCUAGCAGUUCGAAAGCACGUCAAAGUGCAAGUAGAUAAAUAGGUACCACUCUGGAAGGAACGUAAACGGCAAAAGCGGGUUAGUCAUGCUGGCCACAUGACCCGGAAGCUGUACGCCGGCUCCCUCGGCCAAUAAAGCGAGAUGAGCGCCGCAACCCCAGAGUCUGUCAUGACUGGACCUAACGGUCAGGGGUCCCUUUACCUUUACUCUUUUUUAAAACAAAGUAAAGGGAUUGAGGAGGGUUAACAGCGCAGAUGCACAGAAGACCCUCUCUAGGUGCCCCUUUUAUUGCACAUUCCUGAAGAUUUGUGCUCAUUACGAUGCCAGGGCAGUUUCACCCAAUCCCACCAAUUUGCAAUACUAUUUGCACCUGCAAAAAAUUUGAGGGCAAUCCUGCUGCCUCAUUUCCAAUCAGUGCAUGUCUGGUAACUUCCUGCUCCAGCUCCGUAACUUUUCAUACCACAAGCUUUCCAGGGUGAUGGUGGAAUUGCCCUGCUUUUGUGGCACUGUAGCCUCCCGGGAAAACAAUAAUGUACUGGCUCUGGCGAAGCAUUUCAGAACAACUUAUAAAGCAGAAUAAAGCCCCAUUAAUGCACAUACCAAGAACACGUUGCAGAGAAUGGCAGACAAGGAGAUUUCUUUAUCCUCUUCCCUUGUCAUAGUAACUCUGAGGACUGAACUGAGUUGUGGGUGGUAGUAUUAUAUUGCUGCUCCAGAUGCUCUGUUUAUUGAGCACGCAUCCUGAUUUGCUUUCGGAAAGCUUACACAGAGUUUAUAUCUGAACUUCAUUGAGCAUUCACUUUCAUUCAUUUGCUGGGCAAUUAUAUGACAACGAUCAUUAAUCUUGCUUUACUUUGCAUUGUGUUUACACAUUGUACCCUGACUGUUCACUCCACACUUUUAAAAAUGCAUUUUCCCAUUGCUUUCCUAAUCCCAACCACAAAAAGUCUGUUUCCCCUACCCCCCAAGUGGAUUAGUUGCCCUAUGGUGACAGUAUGCUUUAAUUCACUUUAAUUGUGCAAACCUAUGUUUCCCAGAAUGCGCUUGAAUUCCGCCCACAAAAUACUGACAGUCUAGAUGGAGGCGGAACCUGCUUCCCACCUCAUCCCCUCCCACUGGAGUAAACUGGAUGAAUUGCCUCUUCUAGCAUUCCAUCAAAAAGGCUUCUUUGUCUGAGACACGGGCUGUUAAUGUGCUCUGUCAUAUUUUGCAAGGCCUAUUUCACAAGCAGCAAACCUAAGCCUACAAUUAUAUCAUCUGUUAAUGAUGGAGUGCUUUGAAGUGAAAGUAGCUUGCAGCCAAGUGUUUCGGCCCCAGGAACAAUUUUCUCCUGGCAUCCUGAAUGCGUUUCAAAGAGGAGCGCCUGAUUACUUUAUAGAUUUCAGAUUCCUGAAAGGCAUGAUUCUUGUGAGCCAGUGUGAUGUAACUGGCAGUGGUUAUCCAGAUUUCCUAUGGUCAAGGAAACUUGUUUAUGUCAAUUUGACCGCUGUGUUGCUGCAUUUUGUAGAAGAUUCUGGGAUGUGCUCUGUUCACAAGAGUGCCAGGCAUUCUGACCAGUGGUGGAGGAACCCUCUCCGGCACCCGGGGCGGGGUAGCCCAUACGGACUGCGCAUGUGCGGCAGCCCAUAUGGACUGCACAUGUGUGGCAACCAUACAGGAUGCCGCACAUGCGCACUCUGUAUGGGCUGCCGCUUGUGCGUGGCAGCCAUAUGGGCUGCCGUUUGCACGGCGUCCAUACAGACUGCGCAUGUGUGGCAUUCCAUACAGACUGCGCGCGCCAUCUGUAGUGCUUGCAGCCAAAGGAUUACAAGUUCACCUUGAUUUCUCAAAUCGAUAUCCUGGGUGUGCUGUACUUGGAGACCUUAUCUCAAAGCUGCUAUCUGCCGUGCCAUUGCAGAGGCAUAGUGGCAGCCUCGGGUCUUGGCUGGCUAUGCAGCAGGUGGAUUUCUUGGUUUUUACACUGAGUUAAAAUCCAGAAUGCAAUUGGACAGUGUUGGCUUCUGAAAUUCUCAGAGUUCAUCUUUUAGGCAAACAAGCCCUUUUGCCUUCAUGCUCGAAAGGAACUUGAUAGAUGUGGCUACAAUUGUGCCUCUCUUCUCUACAUGUACACACAUGGAUGCCACUCCCCAGGGCCUUUAUUUUUAUUUUUACUCCCAGUGUUUUCUUGGUGACAGAAAGAUGCUCUUGAAUACCAAAGAAGGCUCAUUGGAGCAGUUAAUAAGGGUGUAAGUAGAGGCACAGGUGAUCUGUGAUCAGGAGCUCCUCCCUGUUUUUUUGUGUCUGAUUAGGAGCGAGUUAUUAACCCAUCCUCCCCACAACCAUUUCCCAAUAUAAAUCUCACACCCUUACUCUAACUGCUCUUUGCCCCAUGGCAGACAUCCCUAAACUCGGCCCUCCAGCUGUUUUGGGACUACAACCCCCAUCAUCCUUAGCUAACAGGACCAGUGGUCAGGGACGAUGGGAAUUGUAGUCCCAAAACAGCUGGAGGGCCGAGUUUGGGGGUGCCUGCCCCAUGGCAAGAAGGCUGAUGGAAGCCAGCUGAGGAACCUUCAGUGCUCAUUCCAGAGCAUGUUGAUGGCAUUCCAGCUUUGGAAAAGGCUUCCAAUUUUGCUCAUUGUAUGGAAAUUUCGUGGACUUUCCUUCCUAUCAAUUGCUCCUCCAGGAGAUGCCAGCGGCUAUGAUUGCAAGAUUAGGGCGGAAAUAGAGGCAGCUUCUAGGCCGGAUUCUAGGUACAGUGGUACCUCGGGUUACAGGCGCUUCAGGUUACAGACUCCGCUAACUCAGAAAAAGUACCUCGGGUUAAGAACUUUGCUUCAGGAUGAGAACAGAAAUCGUGCGGUGGUGGCGCAGCAGCAGCAGGAGGCCCCAUUAGCUAAAGUGGUACCUCAGGUUAAGAGCAGUUUCAGGUUAAGAACGGACUUCCAGAACGAAUUAAGUUCGUAACCCGAGGUACCACUGUAUUGUAAUCCCGGCCCAUAAUCCAGAUUCCUAUGGUUAUCUCAGGUGUGGGGGACCUGGACCGCAACUCCUAUUAGCCUCAGCAAGCAUCGCCAGUGGCCAGGGAUGGUGCAAGGUUUAGUUCAGCAACAUCUGCAGGGCCACAGGUUCGCCACACCUGGGUUAUCUCCACGUUGCUGGUGGGAUAUCUGAAGCCUGGUGCUCUCUCUGCAUGCAAAUUUGCUUUGGUGGUGGUGUUUUUUUCCAUACAACGUGUUUGGCAUCAAAAUGCCAGCCAGACCCCCGCCCCAACUCGCUGGAUUAGUCCUUUCCAGUAACAAUCCGAUAAAUAUAUAUAUAUUUUAACAAAACCUGUUACUGAUUUCCUGUCUGCAAAUUAAGCCCCCUCCUGGAAGCACCUUGAGAGAGAAGCAACUUGCCUGAUAUCAGAUUGUGGCUGAGUGACAUUUGAACUUCCUGCUUCAGUUAAAAGCAAGCAGUUUAGUGGGUUUAAUCUGUUGUGUGGCUUGGUCCCAACUUGUUUAAGCAACUGCUGCUUCCACCGUCUACUUCAGCCGGUAGUAUAUUAUGAGUGGUCACAUGGUGGUGUUGCCUUGAGACUCCUCAAGUCUGUGAAUCACUUUCUGUUUCCUAGAGCCUUUUGGCACCUGCAGAGGUGGCUGGUGCUGAAUGUGAGGGAAGUGGCUGCUAUUGCACAGUUUUCUGUUUCUCGGGUAGCGGCUGCCAUGAUUUAUAGGCUCCAGUGGCAAAUGAUCUGUUUGCUGUAGCAACCUGUACUUUUUUACAAGUACUAUGCCUCCUUGCUUUGUAUUAUUUAUUUAUUUGUCGCUUUAGUCAUAAAAAUGACUCAAAGCGACUUACAAACACAGUACAGUGAUACCUCGGGUUACAUACACUUUAGGUUACAGACUCCGCUAACCCAGAAAUAGUGCUUCAGGUUAAGAACUUUGCUUCAGGAUGAGAACAGAAAUUUUGCUCCGGCGGUGCGGCAGCAGCAGGAGGCCCCAUUAGCUAAAGUGGUGCUUCCGGUUAAGAACAGUUUCAGGUUAAGUAUGGACCUCCGGAACGAAUUAAGUUCUUAACCCGAGGUACCACUGUAAAGGUAAAGGGACCCCUGACCGUUAGGUCGAGUUGCAGAUGACUCUGGGGUUGCAGCGCUCAUCUCGCUUUACCGGCCAAGGGAGCCGGCGUACAGCUUCCAGGUCAUGUGGCCAGCAUGACUAAGCCGCUUCUGGCGAAUCAGAGCAGCGCAUGGAAACGCCGUUUACCUUCCCGCCGGAGUGGUACCUAUUUAUCUACUUGCACUGGUGUGCUUUCGAACUGCUAGGUUGGCAGGAGCAGGGACCGAGGAACGGGAGCUCACCCCGUCGUGGGGAUUCGAACCGCCGACCUUCUGAUCAGGAAGCCCAAGAGGCUCAGUGGUUUAGACCACAGUGCCACAGUAGAAAUACUAAAAACCAAUAUAGCAGAAAUAUUAAUAUACUGUUUCAAAUAUUUCAAAAUGCAUUGCUCAUUGAUACAGAGAGAGGGAGGGAGGGAGGGAAGGAGGGAGGGAGAAAGAGAUGCACAAAUCGCCAAGACCAGAGACAGAGCAUCAGAAUCAGUGCAUACAAAGGGCACUGCCAUAACUGGCUAGUUAUAAACAUCCCCUCUCAAAAUCUGUACACCAUACAUUAACAUGGAUUGCCUUCAGCCUAUUUGACAAAUUGGGCAGUCUUUUAUGAUGUGUAAUAAUCCAUACCAGCCAAUAAAAACGAAGUUAGGUUUAAAGGAGAGUUAUUACUGACUCCCAUCAUUAGGAGCUCAUGAAAUUGAGCUUCGUGGCUUAUAUUAUGGGAUAAGAAGGGUGUGUGUACACACAGUUGAUCUUCAGCUGUGACGCUGCCCCUGGCUUGCCCCUGAAUGGAGAGACUGGGAGGAGGAGGAGUGGGGUGUAGGAACCUUUAAUUUUUGCAUGGCUGGAAUGUAGCCAACUGCACAAUGGUAAGAGUCAUAUCUGUUGCUGGGCACAUUUCUGCCUCCGGCCAUCCCAUCACCAGCACGCAGCACCCAGAACAUUGCCUGCCAGGGAAUAUAGCCCUUGGGCUGAAAACUCUUCUCCGCCCCUGGUUACAAAUGCAACACCCCUCUAAACAGGUGCAGCCCUUGAUGCUAUCAGUGUGUAUAUGUGAGCCAAGGUGUUUUCCUUUUUCUCUUUGUUCACCUUUGUAUGAAAUAAAAGCAAACACACACGGAAAACCUGGUGUGGUUCUUUUCUGCUUAUCCUCAUAUGACUUGCUUCCUCUGCUCCACUGCGGCCAGCUUAGCCAGCCUUUGCUUGAAAUGAUGAUUCAAGGCAAUACUCUAUUCUUUCUUCUCUAAAGUGUAAUCCUUGGAUGGUCUGAUAAUUGGAAAUAUGACCUAUUACUGGAAAUAUGACCUGAUAACUGGAAAUAUGGCUAUUUUUGGAACCUGAACGUCCGACGAGGAUUCCACGGCUUCUGAUUGGCUGCAGGAACUUCCCGCAGCCAAUCAGAAGAAGUGCUUUGGUUUCUGAACGUUUUGGAAGUUGAACAGACUUCCGGAAUGGAUUCCGUUCGACUUCCAAGGUACGACUGUGCCUAAGAAGCACAGUUUGGGACUCUGCUUGGCUUGUUUUCUAAGUGGACAUGUGGUCUUCACAUGCAAGCAGGUUGAGAGUAAUUAAAAGUAGUGAAGAGGGAACUCUCCCCCACUUGAUUUGUGGGAAGGGUACCUGGUUUGGAAGAGGAGGGCUUGUUUUGCAUGCAGAACAUCCCAGGCUUAGUUCCUGGCAUCUCGGGGGAACUAGGCAGUGUGAAAGACCUCUUACUGCUUGGGAUCUUUUUCUCAGGGGAGGGCUUUUUCUCAGGGGAAACUCACAGGAACUCAGUUCCGGCACCUCUCAGGUAGGUGCCACUGCCAUUCUAAGAGAACAAAGGAGAUGUUCAUGGUGAGUUCCAAAACCUCUUUUUCUAUAAAGACAUCACUGGAAUCAUCCAUAUGACAUGUGCAUCCGGGCAUCAAGGCAAGGAAAGGGUGUGUGUGUGUGUGUGUGUGUGUGUGUGUGUUUUAGAGGUUGUGCCACUGAAUAUCCUACCUGUAUGCUUAACUGGGCACUCAAGUUAGCUUAGUAUAAUGGACAUUUAAAACUAUCGCCCACAACAAAGGCAUAAAUAAAAAGAGACGAGCAGCUUAAAAGCUGAAACAACUUUGAAACCGCUAAGCAGAUGCCUCGUAGCAGCACAGCCCUGACUUGGCUUCCUCCUGAUUUCUCUGAUCACCUCCUUAUCUCAAAGGAGCUGUGUGGUUGUCUACUACAGGUUUGCGUGUUCGCACUUGUCCGAUUUCCAUGCUAGGAGCCAUGGCAGCAGGAAGACAGUCUCCAGACCAAACCAACUUAAAAGGCGGCACUUCCUUUUGUGAGGCUUUUGGGCUAUUGUAUUACACUCGCCUGCCCUGGCCACAGUGCUGCUCCUGCCAAUUCAUGUGGUCCAGGAGCAAGUGGAAUGGAAAAAUACGCCAUUGCUUGAUCAGCACUGGAAGCCCUCUUCUUUUGUCUGCUGGUAAGACCUGUUAGAUUGCUGGAUGCCAAAGACAGGGUCUUUUCGAUGUGGCCCCACAUCUUUGGAAUUUCAUCCCUGGAUAAAUACGUAUGGCUCUGUCAUUACUGUUAUUGUUUUGUUUUGUUAUAUAUAUAGAGAGAGAGAGAGAGAGAGAGAGGACCCCAAAGACUUUUUUAAAAAAAACAAAACCCUUCAAACCAUGUGUGUUGGUGACACACGUUUUAGAUGGGCAUCAUUUUGCAGCACAGUAAAUCAGUUUUUCUAGCAAACCAGAGGUUAAACUAACCCCUUUCCAUCUCCAGGAAGAGUGUGGGGAGCUUUCAGACGACACACCUACACACUGCAGCCGACGCACUAACCUGUCGCAACACACAGUUUGGAAAGCUCUGUUUUAACUGUUGCAGUUUGUGAAUUGAGGGAUGUGAUGUUUUUAUGAUUUGUGCGUUUAAAUAUUUGCAAGGGCAAUGUGACCUGAAAGUUGGGUUGAAAUGUUUUUCAGCACAUAGAUGUGUAGUUUGCAGGUAUGGAAUGUUGCUCUGUGUGAAUCAGCCUGCUGUCUAUUCACCAUAGCACUGCCACAUAUGAAGAAAGCCAUGCGGAAUAGAGGAGGGGGAGAAUUUCAAUUCAGUUUGCAUUUAAAGGCAAACUUACCAAAUUAGAACUCUCCAAAGAAAAAGAAGAAGAAAACCCGCACAUGGCUAGCCUUCAAAAUUCACACUUUUCUGAAUUCUGCAGUGUGGCUCUUCAGCUAAGUAAGGUAUACACAAAUGCAAAUAAUGAGAUAAAGUUUGCAUAAAUGUGCAUUUGUUAGUGAAAUGAACAUUCAAAGUACAUUCUAUUAGGGAACACUGCACUGUAAAAAUGUGUAUACUUGUAUAUUUGAUCACAUAGAUCCUCUGAUAGAGGACAUUAGGUGGUUCCCCACACACCAGAGGUUCAGUUGGUCUUCCCUACGGAUGAAACCUUUAGUACGGCAGCCCCUUAUUUGUGGAAUCCCCAGCCUGUCAUUGUUCAAAUGUCUCUUUAAAAAUGCACUUUUUAAAUAGUCUUUUACAGCAUGAUUACUCUUCUCUUUAACCAACUAGUAAUCUAUUGCUGUUUUAUUGAUGUUUCUAAUCAUGUAUUACAGAUAUUGAUUGAUUGAUUUUGAUUGAUUGAUGGUAUCUGAAGAAGUGUGCGUGCACAUGAAAGCUUAUACCCAGAAUAAAUUUAGUUGGUCUCUAAGGUGCUACUGGACUAUUUAUUUAUUUAUUUAUUUUUAUUACACUUGUGUUAGUCAUCAACUUGGUGUAUGGAAUUGCAGGUUGUAAAUAUGAGGCAAAACUACAUACAAACAUAGGAGCGUUAAAAUGCUGGUGAAUUUUCACGGGGACUUUUUAAAAAAAAAUUAAAGAAAAUGCAAACUGGUGUGGAGAAUGGAACUGAAGAUGGGGAAAAGGAGAAACAGGGAGAAACCAAAAUGGACAGAUGUGUUCAUCCCUCGUCUUGAAAGCUCCUAAAAAUCAGAGCCGUGAACGCUGUCAGACUGUCCUAACCUGGGCUGCUCUGUGUAACAAACUGCUUCUCAGACUGAGUCUCAUUAUUGUGCCUGCAACUUCUCUCAACAAGAGAGCAGGCUCAAAGGCGGUGUGCCAUGUCAAAAGGUUCCUGCAGACAAGGGGUUGCCUGGUAAAACAAAUUAGGUUGGCCCCAGCGAGAGAACUGAGCUCCGCACACAGAAAGCCAGGGGCAGGAAAACGGACGGUGCCUUUGCUCCUUAACCUUGAACAGCUUUGAUAAGGGUGGCCAAACUUCUUGGGGCACAAUAUAGCCAUUCUUCUGCACAAGCCCCACCAAAUUGAAUGGGAACAUCAUUCUUUCUGGUGGGUUUUUGCCUUUGUCCUUGCAAUUCUGCGUGCAUGGGAAUUUGCAGGAACGUUUUCCAGCCUUCACACAUGUGGACGAACAGCACAGAAAAACCCUUGUCGUGCCAACAGGUUUUUCUGUUCCCCUCUCCCAUUAGGGCAGGCACCCCCCAACUCAGCCCUCCAGAUGUUUUGGGACUACAACUCCCAUCAUCCCUAGCUAAAAGGACCGGUGGUCAGGGAUGAUGGGAGUUGUAGUCCCAAAAGAUCUGGAGGGCCGAGUUUGGGGAUGCCUGCAUUAGGGUCAUUUGCCCACCAGGCCUAUGGGGGAAUUCCAUUCUCCUCCUCAGCUGUGCCCUGAAGGUGUACCAAAAGAUUAAAUAUGUGCUGGAACCUGCCUUGGGCUAACCAGGUCCACAAAGACCACAAUCCUGGGUCAUCUUUAACAUGCAUUCUGCAUAUGCCCACAUCCCUUGAAAGUCCUUGGCAGAAAGAAAGAAAGAAAGAAAGAAAGAAAGAAAGAAAGAAAGAAAGAAAGAAAUCACUUGAGUCCCAGACACACCUUGAGACUGCGGGGGUUAAGUAACCAGUCAUCUUGUGGCUGAGUGCUCUUUUACCUUCAUCAAACAGGAAAUAUUUUGCUCUCUCUUUCCUACGCAGGACAAUGGAGAGAGCCCAGGCAGGCCCAAGAUAUUUCGCUGCCUGAAAGGGAACGGCAAAUGUCGUCCCUUCCGAAUUUGAGAAGCACAGUAUCCAAGGUUGGCCAAGUUAUUUUGGCCUCUCAAACACAGAGGGAAGUGCCCCUCAAUAUAAUAGUAAAUUAAUUGCUAUAAUAGUAAACUUAGACUGUAGGGUUUACUGUGCUUUCACAACAUCCAGAACUCAGCUGCCUUGCUCCACCUGAGGGGUUGCCAACCUUUUUAGGACCCCUGGACCCAUUUGCAAAUCAGAGAAAGUGUCUCAACUGAUUCUCUCUGCUACAAAAGAACUUGACCUCGGGAGAUCUACAAAAAGAAAAUUAUUUGUGGUGGGACGCCUUCGUAAGUGGGGAAAUUAGUUUGUGAUGCUGCUUUUUAAAUUAUAGGAAACUGGUCCAGGGGGUUGUCCUCUGUAAAACAGGACACGUCGUCACUUUACCAAAAUAUGCAAAGUGCUGUAAUUUUUGCACAACUGUGCAAAUAUGUUUGUAGGGGGGGGGGAGACUUCCUGGCGACAAUGUAGAAGCAGUAUUUGCUUUUUGUUGGUGGUGUUCCUGAUUCUGCAAGUAGACUUGCAGGGUGAACACGGCGGUGAUCGCUGCCUCCCAGAGUCUUAGCCAAUAGUUUCAAGUACUGGUGGCAUUUGAAGGGUGAAGACAGAGCCCUUUGUCACCCAAGUAAAUUUUCUUAAUUUAGAAGAACACAUGCUUGCUUGAACUAUCAUGCCUUUGUAAUAAUUUCCCAGGCUUCUGGAUUUAAGAAUGCUCUGGCGACAUGCGUCAGUAUCAGAUGUUACAUUUAUAUAUUGCACACAAACACAGAUAUGCUGGUACAACGCUAUUUAAUUCAAAGGGUUUAGGAAGCGCUGAGCAAGGAAAUGGCACGAAUCAAUUCCAGGCUGUAAAAUCUGCCUCCGAGUCUGAAAUGUGUAAGUGAUGUAAUUCUGUUUCAAUCGGGAAGGGAAAAGUCGGCAGCCCUCUCCACAGUAGGGGCUUUUAUUUUUAAAAUGCAACUUACAAACCCGUGCGAGGAUCAUUCUUUACAGUGUAUUUCCUACCCCCCCCCCACCAUACCCCCAAUCCAAGAAGAGAAAAGGACAUCCUGUUUGCAGUAGGUGUGGUAGGUAAUUCCAGCUUAACCCAAUGUUAAUGCUUGGAUAAAGAGAGAUUUGGUGUUGCUUAGAUAAAGUGAGUUGUGUGCCAAGGGAAAAGGAAGACGGAUUCCGGGUCCUCUCCCCUCUUCCCAUUUUUUGUACCUUGCUGCAACAUGCAGAUUCUGGGAAGUAGUCCUCCAUUGUGCUCAUUCAACAGCAAACAAUGUUAUCUGGUCUGGGAAGUAUUUCCCUAUAAUUCUUCUGGGCUUCUCUUAACGCUCCAUCCUCCACAACAAAGGGAUGGGGGGGGGCGGGUGGAGGGGAAUGUUCCAGAUCUCAUAUCGCAUACCCUCCAACAUGGCACAGAGCAGGGUUGCCAUACGUCCAGGAAAACCCUGACAGGUCCUCUUUUGGGGGGGUAACAUAAUCAUCCGGGUGGAUUUUUACACUUCAAAGAAAAUGUCUGGGCUUUGGGGGGCUUGGGCUGCUCUGCAUGCCAUGGCCGCUGCCAGCCUGAGUUGGGGAAAGAGGGGCAUGAGCGUGGUGGCAGUGGCUCUGCAUGCUCGGGCUGGCAGCGGCUCGGGCUGUCUUCUUUUUUCCUCUUCAAGAUAUGGCAACCCUAGCAUAGGAGGCAACUCCCAGGGGCUCACCCGGCAAAAUAUUUGAGGGGGCUGGGCCUCCCCAAAGUUGGUUGGCAUUGCCAUUCUAAUGGUGUGCGUGCACUGUGUCAUGUGAUUGAUUAUGUGGGGCUGGGGUUACCUGGCCUCCCCUAAUAUUUUAUUCAAGUUGGCACCCCUGGCACAGAGGAUAAUUGGUACUAGCUUCUUCAUUUCUGAUCCUUUACAUCCUUUCUUCUAAUUUAACUCUGUACAGAUAAUCAGGAACCAAACAAGCCAAAAGUUUACACAGGAGUGGGAAUGUUACAGAGGGUAUUAAAAAAAAAGUUGUUCCCAACUAAAAUCUUUAGUAUGCCUGGAUUAAUUUUCGCAAAGUACUUGAUGGAUAAUUAAGGUAUUGAAUAUAGUAUAGAUGAUGGUUAAGGCAAUAAAGGACACAGGAAAAAGGAAAAAGAGAGAAAGGAAAAAGGAAAAAGGGAGAACCGCAGUGAGGUAGACGGAAGAUCCUGAAGACAUAUGGUAUUGAAACUUUUUCAGUGACUAUGGGUUUAUUCAUGAUCUCUUUUUUUCACAUCUUUUGUGUAUCUUGUGUUGUUUGGAAGAUGAAUAGAAUACUUGUAAUUAAUUGGGGGGGGGGACUCUGUACACAUCUGAGUGGGAAACUUUCUCCUUUUUUUGUCUUUCUAAAUUCCUGAAAGAGGAGAUUCUCAAAAUCCAAGCAUUUCCUAGGGAAUCAUGCAAAUCUGUUUCAAAGGUCUCACCUCUAUGAUGCCAGUCCUGUUGUUGGCUUUCUUGCUUGAGGGUUUCGCCUCUUUGAUUCCAGAAAGGAUUCAUAGUUCUAGCAUAACAAUCAGGGGUUAGAAACUCAUUUUUCUUAGAACUGUGCCUUUCUUUUUUUAUAUAAAAAAAUAUAUUCACCACCCACCCAUCUGGCACUGCUAUGGUUUGCUGAAUGUUUAAAGAAUAUCAUGAGACUUCCUUAUUUACUGUAGCUUUGUGAGUUUGUUCUUCUUGUCUAUAAUCUGCACGUUGGUGGAUAGGGGCUAAUUUUAAGAGUCAGCAAAGACCUAGUUCUGAACUUGCAGGGCUCAGUGCUAGAACAGGCUGCAACUCCCAUCGCCCCUGACGUUUGGCUAUGUUGGAGGGCACACAUCGGCUGUCCUGGGCUUAAGCAGUGAAGCUGGUGCCUCUGAGCAUGUUGAGAGGGCAUUGAGAAUGCUUGGGUUCUUGGCAAGCUUGAAUCCCGCCACCUCUCUUGAAAAACUAAGCAGUUGAUCCUGGGCUAAGGGGCUGCAUUACUUCCCCAGCGACUCGCACUUCCAUGGGUAGGAGCAUUUUUUGGGGAAACUGCACAUUCCCCAUCUGAAUUCAGUAUGAAUGGCCUUCAAACGCAGUUUCUGAGAGUGACAAGGGCCCCAGUAUCCCCAGAGGGCCCACUGGAGUGCCAUAGCAUGGGGGGCACAGAGGCAGUUGCCUGGGGCACAAAAUUUCAACACCCUCAAUACAGCUGUGUGCUUAAAUGAACCAGGAAGCUGUGUACUGUGAACCAGGAAGUGACUUCUCCAGACAACAGAAUGCCUCUUCUUUUCUUACCUCUGUGGCUGCAAUCUCCUGAGUGAUGCGGACAUAAUUAGCCAGUUGAAUGUGCAUACGUAUCCCAUCCGUUUCCUUCCCACCCUGCCCUCCACACAGCCCCGGGCACUGGAAACCCAUGCUACACCACUGGCCCACCAUCUACAUAUCUGCCACUAUCACUGAGAAUUCUCACUCUGCAUGUCCUGUCUCAGUGCCUUGCCCAGUGGGGUACUCCCUCCCCAAAUCUUAGAUCCAACAGCAAUGCUUGUUGAAACUAAAUACAGUCAUACCUCGGGUUGAAGUAGCUUCGGGUUGAGCGUUUUUGGGUUGCGCUCCGCGGCAACCCGGAAGUAACAGAAUGCGUUACUUCCGGGUUUCGCUGCUCGCGCAUGCGCAGAUGCUCAAAAUGAUGUCACCCGCAUGCGCGGAAGCAGUGAAUCAUGACCCAUGCAUGCACAGACGCUGGUUGCGUUCGCUUCAGGAUGCGAAUGGGGCUCCAGAACGGAUCCCAUUUGCAUCCGGAGGUACCACUGUAAUGUGCUUUGUACAGAGGUCGCCCGCUAGUCUGUAGGGCCUGUUGGCUGGUGGUGGCUUUUCCCAGCCCUCCAACCCAAGCUCUUUUCCAUGAGAGGUUCAGGGGUCAAACCUGGAGCUGUGCAGACCAUGUACCCCAUCACUGAGCUGCAGACUUGGAAGUGGGCAUGUGUAGGCUGGUUAAGUUUCCAGGUGCCAUAUGCCCUGUUUUAAGUGGCUCUGAGAUUUAGAAAGAAAUAAUGGGAUAUCAUUCAAGCUCUACUGGCUUGGUGCAAAGUAAGUGCAGGCCUGGUGUCACUAUGUGAUAGUCAUUUUUUAGUAAACCUUGGUUACUGGUAACUAUGAUGUUGAUCCUCUGGUGGGCAUCCUAGAUGGUGGAACAUGAAAGGCUGAACUCCUGUAAAUUAAACACCAGCAUUUCCAGCAGGCUGCUCCAUCAGUCCUGUAUCAUCUGCAUGUAAAUGAAAAAUGGUGAAUUCUGAACUUGAGGGACGCAUGUUCUGGUUUGCCUCUCCUCUGCCUCUUUUCACCCAGAUCUAUCCUCCUCCUGCAGCCUGAUCCUGUGUCCGUGUUUACGCAGGAGGAGGCCUGCUAGAUUGAACAGGACUUUGCCCCCAAUAAAGUGUGUGCAGGACUGCAGUCUCAGGAAAUGAAAGUUGUAAGAGGAAACCCCAGGAGCGGUGAAGUCUGUCAUAUACAGUGCUGUGAUGCCAAAAAGUCACAACUAUAGAAACACAUUGUUGCUAUACAGCUACGUAGAAAUCCCAGAUUCUUUCAGGGACAUUUAAAAGUCACAUGCACAAACAUAGUGUUUCCAUGGCUUUGCGACAAAUAAGCACAUUGGUAUAUCAGUCUGCAGGUUAACUGUCUGAAGACAUCACUAAUAGGGCUGUAGCUCUCUGCCUCCCCCUUCAAUUACUCCUCAAUUUAAGCAAGGGUGCCUUAGUUUACUAAACCAGACAUUGUGGCUUAGAGUUGCUUGCGAAUGUGGGCACUGCUUAUGAACACAGUACAGUGGUACCUCGGGUUAAGUACUUAAUUCGUUCUGGAGGUCCGUUCUUAACCUGAAACUGUACUUAACCUGAAGCACCGCUUUAGCUAAUGGGGCCUCCUGCUGCUGCUGUGCCGCCAGAGCACGAUUUCUGUUCUUAUCCUGAAGCAAAGUUCUUAACCUGAAGCACUACAGUGGUGCCCCGCAAGACGAAUGCCUCGCAAGACGGAAAAACCGCUAGACGAAAGGGUUUUCCGUUUUGAAGUUGCUUCGCAGGACGAAUUCCCCUAUGGGCUUGCUUCGCAAGACGAAAAUACCUUGCGAGUCUUGAGAUUUUUUUCGCUUUUCCCCCUUUAUCUAAUCUGCUAAGCCUUUAAUAGCCUUUAAUAGCCUUUUAGCAGCUAAUCCCCUAAGCCUUUAAGCCUUUAAUAGCCGCUAAACAGCUGAUAGCGCUAAUAGCGCUAAUCCGUCAAUGGGCUUGCUUCGCAAGACGAAAAAACCGCUAGACGAAGACUCUUGCGGAACGGAUUAAUUUCGUCUUGCGAGGCACCACUGUAUUUCUGGGUUAGCGGAGUCUGUAACCUGAAGCGUAUAUAACCUGAAGCGUAUGUAACCUGAGGUACCACUGUACAGACGUACCUCAGAAGUCGAACGGAAUCUGUUUCGGAAGUCUGUUCCACUUCUGAAAAGUUUGGAAACCAAGGGACGGCUUCCGAUUGGUUCCCGAUUGCACAGGCAUGCCAGAAACAAUAGCAGAAGCCACACCGGACGUUCAGCUUCCAAAAAAAAGUUUGAAAACCAGAACACACACUCCCAGUUUUCGAUUGUCCGAGAGCCAAAACGUUUGACUCCCAAGGCAUUCGGGAGCACAGGUAUGACUGUAUACAGUAAUCAAAAAAGUUUCUAUUAGAGGAAAAUGGAAAGGGAUGCUAUCAAAAAUUAUUGUAAAUUUGUCGGUGAUCAAUAAAUGCAAAAGCUAUGAUGUUUAGGUAGCUUUCCACAGGAGUUCCAAACUAGAGCUAAGCUCCCAUAAACGUCCCUGGGUUGCAAGCAAUAUCAACAUAUUCUACAACUCUGGGGCAACACUAGGGUUCACCUGCAAUAGAGUGUGCUUGUGUGUACAGAUAGAGCACUGUCACACAGGGGCUGGUGAUACUGUUCCUGAACGCUAGUGCUUUCAUCUACUUAAGUACCAGGCACAGGAAUGGUUUGCCAUGCAUGUUCAUCCCUGACUUUGGCCCAAAGCUCUGGAUGAUCUUUCCAGCUUCUUGGGACUCGGCCACAUUAAUAAAAAAACAGCACUUUGAACGCGUUAUAAACAUGCAACACUAGAUGGUUCUGGAGAGCAAAAAAUAAAUUCUUUGUGAUUUUACAUAGCGUUUCCCCCCCUUUUGUUAUAACCAUUUAAUGUAUGACUUAUUUAUAGCGUUUUUUUCCUGUGUGUAGACCCGCCCCUGAUCUGCAGCCUCCUCUCCACUGCUGCGGGUUAUGUCUUUGGCAAUGCAUGUCUUCUGCUAGUAUUAGGAGUUUGUGGGUCUGGCUCAUCUUGACCCCAGGAGCCUGCUGGGCAGAUAGUGGCCUUCCGCCCUCCAGCCUUUCCCCUUUCCCCUUCCCUUUUUCUUUUAUUUGAUUUACUAUUUUGAACUGCGUGGGUCAGUGGCUGUGCAUGGCACAGUGAAGAGGCUGACGCCAGGGAACAAUGUUGUGCAAAAUAUAUAAUGAAGCUUCUCAUGGGUUGCCAACAUGGUGCCAACAUGGGGCACACAUACGGCCCCCAGGACCUUCCCUUGUGCCCAGAGGGUCCCCCUUCUCCUUCCUCUGCUGAAAGAAGCCUUACUUAACCAUUAGCAGACUUUUUUCUAGCCUAAUUCCAUGAGGGGGGUGAUUACCAAGGGUGGGUAGUGGGACGUUGCAGUGCACAUCUGGUGCCCCCAACAGAUUCUCUGGUUUGCACAUGUGUCCACAAAUCCAACACAUGUGGUGCCCCCUGCAAUAUCUCCUCUUCUUUUUCUCCCCUUUGCUUAGGUGGGGCCUGGGGGUGGGAUGCAAAGCCAUUGGCCCGAGGUUGAUGGGCAUCCUUGUGUGUUUCUCAGGUUUGCAAGAAGAUGGUGAGACUCCACAGGUCAGCCAGAGCCUUGGAGAGCUUGUGCCUUUGACGGAGGAGAGACCGCUCUCUGCGCCAUGGCCCACCUGACGCGGCUGCUCCGGCGGCACUACGGCCCACUGAAGCUGGCUUUGGUGGGCGUCGUCUUUGUCAUCUUCCUCUUCAUCAUGCAGAGGGAUGUGAGCAGCGGGGAUCAAAGGGAGGAGCCCUGGCUGAAGAACAUUGUGGACAGGAAGGAUCAGAUGAUCGACAUCAUGAUGGGGGCGGUCAACAAUAUCCGGGACUCCAUGCCCAAGCUGCAGAUCCGGGCUCCGGUUCAGCAGGAGGCCCUGGAGCAAGACAGCAAGUCCUGCCUGCCCGGCUACUACACGCCCGCAGAACUGAAGCCCUUCAUGGAGCGCCCUCCGCAAGACCCCAACAGCCCGGGGGCCGAUGGCAAAGCUUUCAAGAAGGACCAGUGGACGCAAGAAGAGACGAAGGAGAAGGAGCGGGGCUACGAGAAGCACUGCUUCAACGCCUACGCCAGUGACCGGAUUUCCCUCCAGAGGGCUCUGGGACCAGACACUAGGCCUCCUGAGUAAGAACUUCAUCUUUGUCCACUCAGUAUAGAACUGGCAUAGGCAAACUCUGGCCCUCCAGAUGUUUUGAAACUACAAUUCCCAUCAUCCCUAACCACUAGUCCUGUUAGCUAGGAAUGAUGGGAAUUGUAGUUCCAAAAACACCUGGAGGGCUAGAGUUUGCCUAUGCCUGAUAUAGAAUAAUAAUAGUAAUAAUUUAUUAUUUAUACCCCACCCGUCUGGCUGGGUUUCCCCAGGCACUUUGGGCGGCUCCCAACAGAAUAUUAAAAACACGAUAAAACAUCAAAUAUUAAAAUUUCCCUAAACAGGGCUGCCUUCAGAUGUCUUCUAAAAGUCAGAUAGUUGUUUAUUUCCUUGACAUCUGAUGGAAGGGCGUUCCACAAGGCGGGCGCCUCUACCAAGAAGGCCCUCUGCCUGAUUCCCUGUAACCUCACUUCUCACAGUGAGGGAACCGCCAGAAGGCUCUCAGAGCUGGACCUCAGUGUCUGGGCGGAACAAUGGGGGUGGAGAUGCUCCUUCAGGUAUACUGGUCCGAGGCUGUUUAGGGCUUUAAAGGUCAGCACCAACACUUUGAAUUGUGCUCAGAAAAGUACUGGGAGCCAACGUAGGUCUUUCAAAACCAAUGUUAUAUGGUCUCAGCGGCCACUCCCAGUCACCAGUCUAGCUGCCAUAUUCUGGAUUAGUUGUAGUUUCUGGGUCACCUUCAAAGGUAGCCCCACGUAGAGCGCAUUGCAGCAGUCCAGGCAGAAGAUAACUAGGGCAUGCACCACUCUGGUGAGACAGUCUUUGGGCAGGUAGGGUUGAGUGGAUACAGGCAACCCUUAACUAAGUGAGUAACUGAGCAUUAUGAACAUACAGUCUCAUGGAGAGCCAGCCGUAUUCAGUGGGGGUGGGGAGCCUUUGUCAGCAUGAGGGCCACUUUCCCUUCUACGCAACCUUCCGAGGGCCACAUGCCAAGGAAGAGCAAAAGUGGGAGGAGCAAUAUUUUACCUGUGUGCAAUAGGCUAGUUCCUACACAAACUCUCUACUCUCCAUCCCGGCAAGCAAGAGGAAUUAUUAGUGUUCGCAAUCUAGUCAGGCAAAAACACUUGAGUUUGCAAAGUGAGACCAGUGCGGGGUGUAGCCUGGGGAGAGUUAAAAGUCCAGCAGACUUUGCAUCUCUGGAAGUUGCUUGGGCUGAACGAUGUUGCCUUGAAGUUGCCUGGAAUUUCCCGAGAUUAUUGGGGACUCAAAUAUUAGUCCCCUGUGUCCAAAUUUAUCCUCUGGCCUCUUGCAGGCCAUCCAACUUGGCAUAGUCUUGAUACAUGUCAUCUAACAGAAGUUGUCUCAUCCUCAUAUAUGUGCACUCUGGUGCAGAAUUAACCCUGGCCGAACUUGAAGAGUGUUAAAUUGGUCUUGGGGCAAUUGUGAGUAGUGUUAGGAAAUCAUUUCAAUAUUUGAUAUAACAGUUGUUACAAGACUUCAUUUCUGAGCUGGCAUGCAGCGGCAUCUAGCAUGUGAUUGUGAUGGCAUAAUUGAUAAGCAGUGGUACAAUUUUUUUAAAAAAAUAAGGUAUUUAUAGGCCAUCUUUUAGGGCAAGGACACCAACAAGGCCAAUAAAAUGCAGUAGGAAGAAUCAAAAUGGCAAACACCAUAAACAUGUAACAUUAAGAUAUCUUUAAAAACAUUAAAAUAUAUAGCCACUAGGAUGACCAUGGCAGCAAAGAUUACAUUUGUUGUUUAGUCGUUUAGUCGUGUCCGACUCUUCGUGACCCCAUGGACCAGAGCACGCCAGGCACUCCUGUCUUCCACUGCCUCCCGCAGUUUGGUCAAACUCAUGCUGGUAGCUUUGAGAACACUGUCCAACCAUCUUGUCCUCUGUCGUCCCCUUCUCCUUGUGCCCUCCAUCUUUCCCAACAUCGGGGUCUUUUCCAGGGAGUCUUCUCUUCUCAUGAGGUGGCCAAAGUAUUGAAGCCUCAGCUUCACGAUCUGUCCUUCCAGUGAGCACUCAGGGCUGAUUUCCUUCAGAAUGGAUAGGUUUGAUCUUCUUGCAGUCCAUGGGACUCUCAAGAGUCUCCUCCAGCACCAUAAUUCAAAGCAUCAAUUCUUUGGCGAUCAGCCUUCUUUAUGGUCCAGCUCUCACUUCCAUAAGCUGAAAGAUGACAUUAGACCAGCUUAAUACCAUUAAAACCAGCUGGAUGUGUAGCUUGCUUACUUCAGGGAGCACUUUCCACAUUGUCUUCUUUGGCAAAGAAUUCUUACAUGCACCCUAUGCAACCUUUGCAAAUUUGCCGUGUAUGCAUACCAUGUUGUUUUGCUUCAUCUCCACCCACUGUGAAUGAAUAAUGUGCUCUGUAACACACCCAAUGUUGCCCUUUAUCUAUAUGUCGCAGAGAAAGAUCCAUUGUGAUAGGGAAAGUAUAUUCCAGGAAGAUUGUCUCCUGUUGAUGAUCUUUCCAUUGAGAAACUCCAAGGAUUCAGGAUUCCUUAGCACAGCCUUUGACAGCCAGGUGCCCUCUGCCUGUCGUGGACUACAACUCCCAUCAUCCUUGACCAUGCUGGCUGGGGCUGAUGGGAGCUGAAGUCUAAAGUACGCAUCAGGUUGGCAAAGGUUGCCUUGAAGAUCGUUCAUUAGCAUAUUUUGAAGACAGUGGGGAGAAUUCAACAUCACGCUAUUAUGAUAAUUUCUGCUUGCCUGACAGGAUGGUCUCCCUUCUGCUCUCCCUGUGUGUUGUUCUGGGGUUCCUCCUGACACACCCCCUCAAGCCUAUUAGGGAGGGAGGAGAGCGUAGAAAACCCCAUUGCACUAGAUGGAGUCCUCGCGCUGGCUCCCACUAGCACAACCAUUUUGUGGAAUUUGGAUCAAUAUGUAAUUAAUUAGUAUAAAAGCAUCAGUACAGUAGAAUGGCUAGAACAUUGAACUAGGACCAGUGGUAGAUGUGGGUUUAAACUCCCACUCAGCCAUAAAGUUCGCUGGGUGACCUUGAGCCAGUCACACACUUUCUUAGCGUGGAAGGGGCUACAACUAAGAACAUUGCUUCCAGCUCCUAGGAAUACAAGUUGUUUGCAUUAUUAUUAUUAUUAUUAUUAUUAUUAUUAUUAUGGUUUCGUAUUUGAAGCAUAUAAAAACAACUAAGAGAUUCCAACAUGUCUGAAGCUUUCCAAUUGUGAGGAUAUUAUUUUUUAACAUCACUUUUUUUUAUAUAAGAUAUUUAUUGAGAUUUUCAAAAUGUUACAAAAUAAAAAUAAAAGAAGAAGAAAAUACAAAAUAAAAAUGGUUAAAAACAACUCAAUCUUUCCAUUACUUAUUUUUCAUUAGCUUGUUUCCCGGACCUCCUCACGCCUCCCUUUUUUUGUAUUCCAGUUCGGUUUGUUGGUUCAGCAAAUCCUUACCCUCUUUGUUUAUCCUAGUCUUUAAUCUUAAAAUAUUGUAACGUUAAAUUUUUACCUAUUAAUAAUCCAUUUUUCAUAUUCCCUUAUAGUAUUACAGCUGAAAACCACUUAAUUUCUAUCCAACAUCAUUCUAACGUUCAUUAAUUUUACAAUAUUUCUGUAGAUAGUCUUUAAAUUUCUUCCAAUCUUCUUCCACUGACUCUUCUCCCUGGUCUCGGAUUCUGCCGGUCAUUUCCGCCAGUUCCAUAUAGUCCAUCACCUUCAUCUGCCAUUCUUCCAGAGUGGGUAGAUCUUGUGUCUUCCAAUACUUUGCAAUGAGUAUUCUUGGUGCUGUUGUGGCAUACAUAAAAAACGUUCUGUCCUUCUUUGGCACCAAUUGGCUGACUAUGCCUAGGAGAAAGGCCUCUGGUUUCUUCAAGAAGGUAUAUUUAAAUACCUUUUUCAAUUCAUUAUAUAUCAUCUCCCAGAAAGCCUUAAUCCUUGGGCACGUCCACCAAAGGUGAAAGAAUGUACCUUCAGUUUCUUUACAUUUCCAACAUUUAUUAUCGGGCAAAUAAUAAAUUUUUGCAAGCUUGACUGGGGUCAUGUACCACCUGUAUAUCAUUUUCAUAAUAUUCUCUCUUAAGGCAUUGCAUGCCGUAAACUUCAUACCUGUGGUCCAUAACUGUUCCCAGUCAGCCAUCAUUAUGUUAUGUCCAACAUCUUGUGCCCAUUUAAUCAUAGCAGAUUUCACCGUUUCAUCCUGAGUAUUCCAUUUCAACAGCAAGUUAUACAUCUUUGACAAAAUCUUAGUUUUGGGUUCUAACAGUUCUGUUUCUAAUUUUGAUUUUUCCACCUGGAAACCAAUUUUCUUGUCCAAAUUAUAUGCCUCCAUUAUCUGAUAAUAAUGAAGCCAGUCUCGCACUUUGUUUUUAAUUUCUCAAAACUCUGCAAUUUCAGUCUAUCUCCAUCUUGUUCCAAAAUUUCCCAAUAUUUCGGCCAUUUGACCUCCAUAUUGAGCUUUUUCAGAGCUUUCGCUUCCAUUGGUGACAGCCACCUAUUUUUUAACAUCUCAUUGAAAUUGUGAAUGUGGAGUUCAAAAUUCUCAUUUAGAAGUUGUUUGGUUAGUGUUUGGGUUUCAUUUGUUUGUUUGUUUGUUUGUGCUGAGCUUUAAGUAUUUUGCAAAUGUUCAUUUUGGCUCUAAUUAAAAGACCAUUCAAAAUUUGUGAACUGUUGACCACCUGGCAAUACUGGUUGAACUGUUCUGGUGAAAAUAACUCUGUAGCUACUACUUUGGACCAUUUGAGGUCUGUGAUGGGGGGGUUGCUAUCAAGAAGGUCUCCCCAUAUCCAGCUGCCUGCACAGAUUCCUGGGCACUGUCUACUGAAGAAGUGGCAAUUGGCAGGCAGCUAGGGGCAGGAGGUGCAUUUCCUUCUCCCAAAAUCCCCUCUGCUAAGAGCUGAAAUCUUGCUGGUUCUCAUCCGUGGUGAAGAAAAAGGCUUGAGGUGCGUUUCUCCCUUUUUAAUUAUCCACGGCUACCCCUUCUCCUCCUGCUUUCCCCUACCUUCUACGCCCCACUAGCGUCCCAUUUAUCAAGCAGCAAGCGUUUACAAUUGCAACCCUCUCUUCCCCCCCCCCACCAACCCAAGUUCAAAAACUUUUUUAUUCCCUCCGUUGCCCGCCCUUGGUUUUGUUCCGUUCCUUCCCACUUCUAACAGUUUCGGCGCCCCUUUCCAUUUCUCCUUCUUCACUUUGCUUGCCAAGUGGAACAGACACGGCUUACAGUACAGCAGGGGGGCAAAGAAGGAGUCAAACGUGACCCGUAUUCCCCCGCCUCCCCUGUGGUCUGAGGCCACUGCGGCUUCUCAUAGAGGGGAGAUAAGUCAGUCAAGGCCUUGCGGUGGGUGGGAAGAAGUGAGCCAACAAAGGCAACCCGAAUAAUGGCUCCAAAAAAAAACUAGGCUGAAGGGGGAGCGAUUGCAGACAGUCUCUCUCCUCUCCUUACCUCCCGCCCUCCCAGCGACCGAUUAUUUCUGCCUAGCAGGUGUAGAUGUCACAAUGGAAGAAUGCGCUGUUCUAGGCAGGGAGUUGCAAGAAUGUUAUUCAGUCAACCAAAGAGGCAUAAACCAAUUUAAAUUAAAGUGCAAAGCCCUCCCAGAACCAAAAACCAUAAAUCGGGAGAGCUGGGGAAAUUGGCUCAGAUGGAGGGAGCCCAUGAAUGAAACUUUUAUUGUUGAGCACUUUGGGGGGGGCAGGGGGAGAGGCAGAAGAAAAACCUGAUCUACCAUGUGGAACAUAGUCCCCCUUUUGAUGUGGACCAGAGGUAUGCGGCAUGUAAGGGACUCGUCUGCCUUCCUGCUGGAAAAUUCAGAGAGAAGGGUAUGGGCAUUGAAAUCAAAAGAGAUUGAUGGGAAGGGGAGCAAGUUGUAGAAAUUAUUUAAAGCCUUGGACUUUCUUUUUUUUCUCACCUCGUGUUUUCACCAAGAAAUGCUUCGUGUUGCAUGUCCUGGAAAUGUUACAUAUAGAAUCAGAGAAUCGUAGAAUUGGAAGGUACUCCAAAGGUCAUCUCGUCCAACCCACUGCAAUGCAGGAAUGUCAACUAAACCAUCCAUGAUUUAUGGCCAUCCAACCUCGGCUUAAAAACCUCCAAGGAAGGAGAGUCCUCAACCUCCCUUGGGAGACUGUUCUACUGUCUCUCUUCAAAUAUCUCAAGGGCUGUCACAUGGAAGCGGAGACAAGCUUUUCUCCUCCUGGUCCGGAGGCCAGGACCCUAACCAAUGGCUUCAAGUUACAAGGAAGAAGAUUCCGACGAAACAUCAGGAAAAACUUUCUGACAGUAAGAGUUGAUAGACAUAGGGACGCGGGUGGCGCUGUGGGUUAAACCACAGGGCCUAGGACUUGCCGAUCAGAAGGUUGGCGGUUGGAAUCCCCGCAAUGGGGUGAGCUCCCGUUCCUCGGUCCCUGCUCCUGCCAACCUAGCAGUUUGAAAGCACACCAGUGCAAGUAGAUAAAUAGGUACCGCUCCAGCGGGAAGGUAAACUGCGUUUCUGUGCGCUGCUCUGGUUUGCCAGAAGCGGCUUAGUCAUGCUGGCCACAUGACCCAGAAGCUGUAUGCUGGCUCCCUCAGCCAAUAAAGUGAGAUAAGCGUCACAACCCCAGAGUCGGUCACGACUGGAUCUAAUGGUCAGGGGUCCCCUUUACCUUUACCUAGAAUGGUCUCCCUCAGGAGGUUGUGGGCUCUCCUUCCUUGGAGGUUUUUAUGAUUCUGUGGUCAUAAGUUCUACCUGCUUAAAACUCCCAUAAAUAGUUAUGGUCUUGGCAGGGUUGGCCCAAGACAUUUUGCUGCCUGAGGCAACAGACAAGAUGUGUCUCCCCAACACCAUCAUCUCAUGUGUAAAAGCUGAGAAGACUGCCAAUUGAAUCCUCCUUCAAGACUGGCAGUGAGGUAGCAGCAUUCACACAUACAGUGGUACCUCGGGUUAAGAACUUAAUGUGUUCUGGAGGUCUGUUCUUAACCUGAAACUGUUCUUAACCUGAAGCACCACUUCCUGCGCAAUUUCUUAACCUGAAACUGUUCUUAACCUGAAGCACCGCCACUGCGCAAUUUCUGUUCUCAUCCUGAAGCAAAGUUCUUAACCCGAGGUACUAUUUCUGGGUUAGCGGAGUCUGUAACCUGAAGCGUAUGUAACCCGAGGUAUAAGCAGAGCUCAUGGUGAUCCCUCUAGCAUUUGGGGACGGUGAUACUCAGUGGCAGUACACACUACUCUGGUCUAUUCUGUGGGAGCGGGGUAGCCAAAUGGUUGGUUGCUGAUGCCCCCCUCCCAAUAUCUGCUACCCGAGGCCAUUGCUUCACUCUGCCUCAUGAUUAUUAUUUUUUUAAUGAUAUUUAUUGGAAAAAAAUUUGAGUUACAGAGAAAAAACAAAGCAGAAAAGGAAAAAAGAAAAAACAAACCACAUCAAACAAUACAAAUUAAAAAAACAAAAAUACACCACAAACAGACAAAAAUAAAUCCAUCAUUCUCAAAUCCUCAACUCUCAUUACCUUCUUUCUUUGACCUCCUCCUCCUCCCUUUUUUUGUAUCCUAGUUAAUAAUUAUCGCAGCAAAUCCUUUCCAUAUUUCAUAAUAUUCUGUCAUUACAUUACCUUAAUCUAUUUUCAUCUUAUCUUAUAGAAAACCUUAAAACUUAAAACUUAAAUCUUAUUUUUACCGACUUCUCACAACCAUAAUAUUCUUACCUAAUUCUUUAAACAUUUUUGCUAGAGCCAAGUAAUUUCGUUCCAACAUUUUUCUAACAUUCAUCAAUUUUAUAAAACAAUCCUGGUAAUAAAAAAAAAGAAAUAAAAACAAUCCAAUCUUCAUCCAGCAUCCCUUCCUCCUGGUCCUGGGUUUUGUCAGUCCUUUUUAUCCCAUCGAUCUAGCGCAUUAACCUGGUAACCUUAUAUCCGAGGCCCUUAAGUCUCUUCCAUGUCCCUUCCGCAGCUCUUCUUCAUAUUCUCCUUUCACUCGUGGGAACUCCAGCUUGGUGAUGUUUUUGACCCUUUUCAACAAAUCAGCCCCUUUUCCAUAGUCCAGACUCAACUCCAUGUGGUAUUUAAAAACAUGUUUCAGAAUCCCUCCAAAAUUGAGAGCCCCCACAGCUCCAAACAUCUCACGGCCCAUUGCCAGACUCAGAAAGUCCAAACAUCCCUGCAUAGGGGGGUCUAUCCAACCCCCCAUUUCCAAACCAAUCCAAACUUUAUCUUUCCAAAUCUGGCUUUUUCCAAGUUCAUUUGUCAAAUCCAAAAGCUCAUGUUCCUGCAAGGCCGCAGCUCCCUCCAUCUCUGGCGCCCAAGAUUCAGCAACAUCCUCUUCUCUCAUCUGCUCUGUCAGGACACACUCCUGAUCUAAUUCCUGGGUGGGCUCCACAUAGUUUCCCACUGCCUGUUCAAAAAUUCUGACCGCAUUAGUCAUCAAAUCCGUCUUCUCAUUUAACUGUUCCAAUAGGGCACUUGUUUUACAGAGAGCACACAACAGAGCCUCUGAAUACAUUGUCCUACAAGGUCACAAGUCCAUUCCCACGAUUGUAAUCUGUGACAGCUGCAAGCUCCCUGGAAUUAGUUACAGUUUCACAGUCUCCCUCUAGGGGGAGAACUUCUAUUUGUUCUUUCAACAGAGUAUCCUUUUUGAGAUACUUUGUCAAUAUUUGUUCCUUUAAAAUGCGAAAGGAAACAGUGGAAUCACUAUGUUUCUCUUCUUUUAACUAUCUGUCAAAAACGUUUGUCUCUGGUCAAUGAGCUUCAAACGUCAGUCCUGACACCCCGCUCCAGGAUCAGGACGGUGGAAAGUUACUUUACUUUAAACUCACUUCUGCAAGUUUAAACAGUCCAAAAAAGAUCCCCCUUCCUCUCCUGCUGCCGAAGGGGGGUUCAACAAUUUUAAAUGAUGAAAGCCAAUCCUUUAGAAGCGAUUUUCUGAGCUCUAGUUUACGUUGUCUUUGCUUUAUUCUGUCUACAAAGAAACGGAAGGCUGACUUCCUGUUUAGACCUUCCCGUUUCAGUACCAAAUUGAAGUAAAUUUUUAAGUCCAAUUCCUUUCUGCUCGCAAGUCCUUAUUUAAAGUCCGAUUGUUCAAAGUUUAAGUACUCACGGGUGCUUAUUUUAGAAGCCAAAUUGUCCCAGGAAAAAGGCAGCGCUCUCCGGCAACGGCUAUGCAGCUUCGCUCCACGGAAAUAGCAGUUGACUCACAGCACCGCGCCACUUCCCCCUCUUCGCUUCGGAGCCCGUUAGUGGGUUCCUUUGCGGGUUGGGGGGGCGCUAAGGGUGCCCGCUGAGUCCCAUGGUCACAGGCUUCAUCCGCCUGUGAUUUUUAACAGGGUCCCCGCUUCGCCGUAGCGGAAAAGACCCGUUUCACCGCUCUGCCUCAUGAUAGAGCCGACCCUGGUUUUUAGCAGCAUAGAAACCAAUCUCUAUCUGGUUUAAAGAGAAGCUUUUAAGAUUCUCUACAGGAAUGGGGAAGAUGUAGCUCUUUGGGUGAUUCCCAAACAAUCAUUCUUGACUGUUGGACCUACUGGCUGAGGCUGAUGGGAGUUGUAGUCCAACCAUAACUGGAGGGUCACAUGUAGCCCCAUCUCUGCUCUAGUAACUAGAGGGGGAACAGAACAACCCUUCUUUCAUCUCAUGCACCCCACGGAUUUGAUGUUCCUUUUGUAGGUGCAUCGACCAAAAGUUCAAACGCUGCCCGCCCCUCCCGACCACCUCCGUUGUCAUCGUCUUCCAUAAUGAGGCCUGGUCAACCUUGCUUCGCACUGUGUUCAGCGUCCUGUACUCCUCCCCAGCUAUAUUGCUAAAGGAAAUCAUUCUUGUGGAUGAUGCCAGUACAGAUGGUAAGUACAGUCUCUUGGGAGCUGGAGGCACGUGGGCUUCACCCUGAAAGGCAGAACAAACCUCUUGCUUUUGCAGAAGGGCUCUAGGGAUGAGGGAGACAUUUGAUUUGAUUUGAAGGUGAACCUACCUAAGUCACACUUUCUGGAACAAUAUGCAAACUGAAACACAGCCCUCCUCCGAAAUUCACGCUUCCCUGAAUUUUGCAAUGCAGUCAUUCCACCAAGUAACACCCACAAAAAUCCAUUAUAUUAGGGCAAAGUAUGCAUAUAUAGGGACGUGGGUGGCGCUGUGGGUUAAACCACAGAGCCUAGGACUUGCUGAUCAGAAGGUCGGCUGUUCGAAUUCCUGCGACAGGGUGAGCUCCCGUUGCUCGGUCCCUGCUCCUGCCAACCUAGCAAUUCGAAAGCACGUCAAAGUGCAGGUAGAUAAAUAGGUACCGCUCCGGCGGGAAGGUAAAUGGCAUUUCUGUGCACUGCUCUGGUUCGCCAGAAGUGGCUUAGUCCUGCUGGCCACAUGACCCGGAAGCUGUACGCCGGCUUCCUCAGCCAGUAAAGAGAAAUGAGCGCCGCAACCCCAGAGUCGUCCAUGACUGGACCUAAUGGUCAGGGGUCCCUUUACCUUUACCUUUAUGCAUAUAUAAAUGCAUAUAUUAAUGAAAAUAACAUGCAAACGUGCAGUAUGGGGAAAUUGCUUUGCAAAAAAGUAUGAGGAGAAAUUCCAAAUAAAAUGCUGACAAAUUUUCAUGAGGACUUUUUGGGUUUUAAAAAAAUCGCAAAUUGCUGUGGAAAUGUGGAGAGCUGAAUAUUUACCCAAUUGUUCUUUAUUUUGAAAUAUUUAUCCAUUGUGAUUAUUGGUGCUGUUUCUGCAGCUGCUUUCAUUCUUCUUUAAGGAAAACCCCUGCCAGUUUUUUGCCAGCAGAGGUGAGAUUCAGAGCUCAACCUAACUAGUAGUCCUGAAAGAGAACUUGCCAGAGAGGAAAUAUACAAGUAAAUCUGGUAGUGGUCAGAUACUGGUGUAGUUGGGUUUACCCAGGAAGUGAAUAACCUUUAGGCUCUGCCUUUUGCAGUUUUCCUUUCCUGAGGCAUUGCUGUUAGAAUGCACCCUUCAACUUGAUUCACAUUGUGGCAGGUUGUUGAUGGUUUUGCUUUUGUUCUGUUUAUAUUGGGGGGGGGGUGUUUUAAUCCUGCUACAGUCGUACCUUGGAUCUUGAAUACCUUGGCUCCCGAACUAAUAGGCUCCUGAACGAUCGAAACCCGGAAGUGAGUGUUCCGGUUUAGAACAAUUUUCGGAAACAGAAUGGCGUCCGGGGCUUCCAGUUGGCUGCUGGAGUUUUCUGCAGCCAAUCAGAAGCCAUGCUUUGGUUUCUGAACAUUUUGGAAGUCAAAUGGACUUCUGGAACGGAUUCCAUUCGACUUCCAAGGUACGACUGUAUUUGACUAUUUCUGCCAUUUGACUGGAGACACAUUUUCCCAUGAUCUGUAGAUGUGACAGGCCAUAUUUAGCUCCCUUCUGGGAAUAAAUUGCUCCCUUGGGCAACUUUAGUAACCACAAGCUGGCAUUUAGUAAUCUAAAUUGGUUGUGCCCGAGGUUAGGAUAAUGACACAGUUCAACCUCAGGACUUCCCAGGGGUGGAGCAGGGAGAUGAAGAGGAUCUGUUCUCCUGAAUCUCAGCUACUCAGGUUCUCAGAAGGCUGUUGAACUCAUCAAGGAGGGUUUGUGAGUUCUUUUUAACAUAUCAGCUAGUCUAAUGUAGAUAGUUAUUUAAUCCCUGAUUUGCUUGCACAAAGCUUACACGGGGGUUAGAUUCUUUCCAAACUUUAUUGAACAUUUGUUCUGAUUUGUUUGCAGAGCAGUCAUACGUCAAGUAAUAUUUGUUUUGUGUUCACACUGAUUUGCUUGUGGGAUGUUUGAUAUGUUUUACCAUUCAUCUAUUCAUCCCACACUUCUCCGCGCAUUCCCCAUUGCUUUCCUAACUGCAAAAGUCCCCUUUUGUACUGGAUUUGUUGCACUGGGGAAAUGACAGAGCCCUUUAAUCCACUUUAGCUGCUCAAAUCUAAAGUACUAGUUUGUGCUUGAGUCCCUCCUGCAAAAUAAUGACAGACUGAAGGCAGCAAAUCUUUAAUCUCUGUCCAUCUCUUAUGCUUGGAAUUCUACUCCCCUAAUACCUGCUUAGCUCUUCCUUCCUUCCUUCCUUCCUUCCUUCCUUCCUUCCUUCCUUCUUUUAGAAAAUGCCAUCACUUCUGUUUGGGCCUUUGAGCAGGUAUACAGUGUGUUCACCAUCUCCAAAGCAAAUGCUCUGCUGGGAGUGUUGCUUAAUUUCCAUCUGAGCAUGGCUUCUGGGAAGGUUAAGAAUGCAUGCAAGUAUUGGCUAGCAUGGUAUGCCUGGGCACGGAAAUGAUAGGUGUUUGGCCCUAAAUCUCUGUGGUCAGUGGGAAGAAAAAUUAAAUGCCUGUUCAGCUUGUCAUACUGUUGUUGGUGCAAGACUUCUGUUGCCUUCUGAAUCUUGUGCUGCAAUAAAUUAGGUGACCCAGAGUAUCAGAACUGUAUGCUUAACACUUGCACACAUCAAAUAGAAGCCCACUUCCUUGUGGGUUUUGUUCUGUUCUGUUCUGUUUUGGGUUUUUGCCGGUUCUUCCAUCCAAAACAUUUGGAUGCUACAUCUAGUCCAGGGGUAACCAAAAUUGUCCCCUCCAGAUAUUGUGGACUACAACUUCCAUCUUCCCUGACCACAGACUAUGCUGGCUGAGGCUGAUGGAAGUUGUUUAUUAAGUAUCACCAAGUGCUCGGUGCACUUCCAGACUGUCGCUAUUUUCGGGUGAGACUCAACCGCAUAACUGGCCAAUUCAGGUUGUGCAACUAUAAUUGACUGGUAGGUCUUGCGCAACAAACCCGUUCCUCAAAAGAUCAGCCUUUCUGUGCUAGAAAAGUGAUGGGGAAAUGCAGUAGGAAACAGGUUGGGACACUUAAUUUGAUUUAAUGUCAUCUAGCCUCCCUGCAAACAAAGCAGAAUGAAUGUUCAAUAAAUAGGUCAUCUGGAAGCACCUGUUUGGAGGGAGGGGAAGUGUGUGUGUGUGUGUGUGUGUGUGUGUGUGAGAGAGAGAGAGAGAGAGAGAGAGAGAGUGUUACUGCAACAGGCUAGCACAGCUACCAUUUACCGUAUUUUUCACCCUAUAGGAUGCACCGUCCCAUAAGGCGCACCUAGGUUUUUUUGGGGGGGAAUAAAAGGGAAAAAAUUAUUUCCCCCCCAGGCGCGGGGCUGGGGUGGAGGAAGCCCAAGCUUCCUCCGACCCCAGCCCCCAGAACAGGCAGCUCUCUGCAAGCCGUGGGAGCCCAGCGCCGGCUCCCGCUGCUUGCAGAGAGGUCCGCGAAGCCUGGGCGCACUGAGCUCAGCGCGCGCAGGCUUCAGCAUGCAGGCAACUCUCCGCAAGCGGCGGGAGCCCAGCGUCGGCUCCCGCUGCUUGCGGAGAGCUGUGCGAAGCCUGGAGAGCGAGAGGGGUCGGUGCGCACCGACGCCUCUCGCUCUCCAGGCUUCAGCGAAAGCCUGCAUUCGCCCCAUAGGACGCACACACAUUUCCCUUUCAUUUUUGGAGGGGAAAAAGUGCGUCCUAUAGGGCGAAAAAUACGGUAUAUGGCGGUUGCCUCCAUUUCACAGCCGUUGUUUUUCUUGGUACUGCGCUGCCUGUUCCUGCGGAUGCUGUUUCAAGCGGUCUCUUCCGUGCAGCUGCUUUUCAAGUUUGUCUCAAAACCCGAUGCGGCAGAAGAGCAAAAGCAGGCCGUGUCUCACCACAGUGACUUGAACCGCUUCCUGCCAUGCGCCACACCUGGCAGUGAGCUGAGUGCCCAGAGAAGGACUAGGCCUGGAUUCUAAGGGAUGCCUUCUAAACAACCCUCUCAAGGUUUACACCGGGGAUAGUUACAAACACAAAAAACUGCAAAUACGUUGAAAACAAGACUUAAAACCCUCCCCUAACACUCCAUACUUCCCUGUACAAAGGGCCUGCAAGACAGGGCUGUUCCGCCUGGCCUUUGGUUUGGACUUGGUCUGACCCUUAUGUUUCCCUCCUCUUAUGGUCUUGAUUUAUCAGCUACUUUAAAAUGAGGCUGCAUUUUAAAUUGCAUUUUAACCUGUAUUUUAAAUUGGGGUUCCCCCCUCUCUUUUCCCCCUGUUAUGUUUUUACUGUGAUUUUAUUGGUGUUAGCCACCCUGAGCCUGGCUUUGUCCAGGGAGGACAGGGUAUAAAUAUCAUUUAUUUAUUUUAGAGCCAGUGUGGUGUAGUGGUUAAGAGCGGUGGACUCGUAAUCUGGUGAACCGGGUUCACUUCCCCGCUCCUCCAGAUGCAGCUGCUGGGUGACCUUGGGCUUGUCACACUUCUCUGAAGUCUCUCAGCCCCACUCACCUCACAGAGUGUUUGUUGUGGGGAGGAAGGGAAAGGAGGUUGUGAGCCGCUUUGAGACUCCUUCGGGUAGUGAUAAAGCGGGAUAUCAAAUCCAAACUCCUAUUAGAAUUGCUCCAUUGUUCCAGAUGCUUUUGCCCUUGGUGCCCUGCCCCCAGAAGGAAAUGCGUCCCCCCCAACUGCAAAAGCUUCUCCACUCCUGCCCUCCCCGCUCCUGUCCCCAUCCCCUCCUUCUCUUCUCUUCUCCUUGCCCUGCUUAUUCCAGUCCGAAUCCAUGACCACUUAUUAGUUUUUAAUAUGUUAUGAAGGGGCAAAAGAGGAUAUGUUAAGCAGCUUUUUUACAAAAAGGUUUUAAAAUUGUGCUCGGAACGAAUCUCACCUUUUGCAUCAUUCCUUUUCCACGCAGUUGCCAGGCUUCUGAGCGCUGUGCCCCUCUAACACUUGAUACCCUCUGUUCCAGACUACUUGAAAGACGAGUUGGACAGCUAUGUGAAGCAACUGCAGAUAGUGAAGGUCGUCCGGCAGCUGGAAAGGAAGGGCUUGAUCACUGCCCGGUUGCUGGGUGCCAGCGUUGCCACGGGAGACGUGCUCACUUUCCUAGAUGCUCACUGUAAGUCGCAACUCUCUCCACUGGCGAGCUCAGUCCUCGAUGUGGGGCUUCUAGAGGCAAAAUAUUGCCAAGGCUGGCAACUCUGUCUUGCUUCGCAAAGCCAGCACACACACAGUGCUGUGCACGUGGUUGGAUUGCUGUACCGCUGAGGCUAGUUUGCAAACUUCUGCUAACAGCAGCAUCCAAUCAUGAGUUGCGGCAGAUCAAACAUCACAGAUAUGAGUCUGGCCACUGCCUCGGGUGCUGUGCUUCUCAACCUGAGCUGCUACACAAGAUCAGUUGUUGGUGAUCAACUGCAGAAGAACAACGUGGUUUCUCUGUACGUGUGCAUCAAUGUGGUUGGCAGCUGAAAGUGUGGGCAGACUCGGCUCAGCAGGACCGUGCGUUAGGAGAUGAUGUGAGGCUCAAAGGACUCACACACACGUACAUGGCAUCAACUGGCUGAUCCAAAGGUAGAGAAAUCAAGAGACUUACAUGCAUGUGUGCAUGUACUCUUUUAUUGGGGGUGAGAGUGAGGAACCCUGAUUUGGUAAUGUUCUGCUCAUGGAAGGCACAAUAGGAUACAGCCCCGUGCUGUGCAUUAUGAAAAUGGCAUGCAUGUUUUCGUUCUCUCUUUCUCAUCAUCAUCAAUCUUUAUUACGGUCCAGAGACCCAACAAAUCAUUACAAAGCAAUACACAAUUCAUACAGCCUACCUCCAGGUUAAACAAGCAUUUUGUUUAGAAUAUAGGGAUCAUUUGUUCUUGCAACCACCAAUAAAAACUUUGCCACUGCUAAUGUUCUAGCAUUUGUCCGGUCUUCCAGGAGGAACCUGACAUAGUGAGCCUCUGAUUUUCCCAGGAAAGGUACCAGAAAGGGUAGUAUCAGUUCAGCCCUGGCUUGCUCAUAUUUUGCACAAUGCAGCAAAAUAUGUUUUAUGGAAUCAAUGUCUUGAGCACACGAGCAAAGUCUGUCCUGGUAGGGAACUCCUCUCAACCUGCCAUCCAACACUGCAGAAGGAUUGACUUCCAAGAUGGCGCCGUUAGUGGUAGCAUUGACUUGAGCUCCGCAUCAGCUGAUGCGGUUUUUAUUAUUUUUAUCAGUCUUUUAUUAGCUUUUAUCAGCCGCAGUAUUUUAUCUCUAUCAUUUGGCAGCUAUUAUAUUCACAAAAGCUUGAGUUAAGGGCUUGAGUUAAAAGUCUUAGAGAAAGUCUUAGAAAGUCUCUUUCUUUCUAUUCGCACAAAGUGUGGCUUUCUUUGGGACGCAAUUUAUUUGUCCCUGCCCUGGCUAUUGCAUCAAUAGCAGAAUAGUGUAUUUUUGAAGGAGGCUAAAAAGUAAAAGCCAAAAGGAAGGAGAUUUAUCCUCCCCACAGUGCAUAGCAACAGAGCUAUGUGGGGCCUGUCGUAGUUCCAGACCCUUUCUGGCUGGGCUGAAUUUUGUUGAAGGAACUCAAGGAGGCCUCCACGCAGAUACAGCAGGAUGGCCUCAUGGCGUUAUGGUCUCACAAUGGACUACAACUCCCAUCAUCCCUAGCCAUUGUCUGCGUUGGCUGGGGCUGAUGGGAGUUGGAGCUGAACAACCUCUGGAGGGUCACAUGUUUCACCCAAACAUGUAUUUGGGGACCCAUUUCUUUUUCUUUCUUUCUUUUAUUAUAGAUUUAAUGGUGAUAAUGCUCCUGUUGAGACCCACCUUGGAUCAGGCUGCAACUCACCAGCGGGUCCCAACCCGCUAGUAGAAAACUAGUGCUUUAGUGUAUUGCAUUGGGAUGUUUUCUCAAUGUUACCACCAGAGGUCAAUGUGCAUUUUCACAGUGGCUUUGCACAAUAUUUUUGGACCCUGAAAUGGUUAUUGCGUGGCGAGUUCCCGCCCCCCACCAGGGAGAAAUAAAGACACUGGAGUAUUAAGGUUAAAUGGGCGAAUUAGGCCACAACUUUAUUGAUUUCAGGAAUGAGAGGUAUUGGCUUAGGCACUGGUCCUAUCAACUAGCCAGCUCCAGCCCGAUUGCAUGAAGACCAGCAUGGGUUAACACCAUAAGGGGUGUUGCUGAGGCACGUCAACUAGGAGCUCCCCCGGGUCACCACUCGGGGGCGUGCCUUAGGCCCUCACCUCCAUAGGCUUCAGACAGGGCCACGCCCCCCCCCCCGGAAUCCUUUAUCGGACUACCCUUAGCUUUUGGGGGGAGGUGAUGGCGUUUCCUCCCCACACACACAUCCUCUUAACCCCUUCUUACCAAUGCCUAACCGCCAAUACCAAGGAGUUGUGAUGAGUUGCUACGAGGUAGGUGAAAAACCAAUUGGCUGAAAUUGCCAAUUGGGAAAAAUUCCUACCAGGCCCCUUGCGGCGACCAACCAAAGCCCAUAGCAAAGUCAGAAGCCUACCUAAAGGGAGGGAGGGUGGGAAAAAACAUGCAGGCUGGCGCAGCGAAAAGAGGGUGAGCCCGGCCGCGCUGGCCCUAAAUAGGGCAGGCCACGCCCCCCAGCCACCCGAUUGGCUGGCUGGGUUGACGACGCGGCCGGGAUUCCCUCAGUCUCGCGGGGGCUGGAGGCCCGCAACCCCACCUCCUCCGCAGGCUCGGAAAUGGUUUUCCAGAACGUAAAUCAGUUCCAAGCUAUGAAAUUAGAAGUAUGAGAAGUCAGGGAGAGCCCUGAUAUUAGCAUCCAGUUAUUUGGAGUUUUCCAGUUCUGGGCAUCUAUAAUAGUGUGGUAGACUGUUAGGCAGCAGACAUUUUAAUAAAAAUUGCUUCUGUGUACAUCUGCAUGAUAAGGUGAUCAGGAGCUGCCAUUUUCUCCUUGCGGGACAAGGAGCAGGUGGAAGAGAGAAGAAGUGGCUGUUACAAUGUCAAGAAGAUGAGGUUCAGGGAAAGGAAUUGCGAAAGGAUUUGCAAGGCUGAAAUGACCCGGGAAGAUCAAAGCUUGCGUAGAGACAACACCAGAUGAUGCCAUCCAUUUCUCCUUCUCUCUUCUUAGGUGAAUGUUUCCAUGGCUGGUUGGAGCCUCUCUUAUCACGCAUUGCUGAGGAACCCACCGCUGUGGUCAGUCCAGAUAUCACCACCAUUGACUUGAACACUUUUGAGUUUUCCAAGCCAAUUCAGUAUGGGAAGCAGCACAGCCGAGGGAACUUUGACUGGAGCCUGACUUUUGGAUGGGAGUCCAUCCCUCAGCAUGAGAAGCAGAGGAGGAAAGAUGAGACGUAUCCCAUCAAGUAGGUCCAUGAUGAAAGCUCCUUUUUGAUAGACCUUUUGAUGCCACUCACUGUGAAGUAAACCUCUGCGGAUCACAGUGUAAUCUGCACCAAAACCUACACACUAACCGCAUAGACCUGAUAAAAUUUAGUAAUGUUUGUUUGGCUUCAUUUGUUGGAUCAAUUAAAAGGGGUUUUUUAAUUUAUCCAAAUGCCUCAAUCAGACAGGAAUGCAACUGAUGUUGUGGUGGUUUAAGGCACUCACAAAAACUGCAGAUGGGAGGUGUCAUCUUAGAAGAGUCAUGAAGUGGAAAGGGAGAGGAAAGCCUCUCCUAAAACGGUCCCUUUGCGCUGUUUGUGAUGAUGGGUUGAAUAAGGUAGCAGCAUCCUUCUUGCUUCAUUUUAGUUGUGUGAGAGCUAGCAACAGAGUUUUCCAGGCACCUCCAGUUUGGUGCUGUAAUCCCACCAUAUCUCUCUCUCUCUCUCUCUCUCUCUCUCUCUCUCUCUUUCUUUCUUUCUCUUUCCACCUGACCUCUUGGCUGUCCUGUAGGAGAUAGGGAGAACAUGGCCUGAGAACUGCACCAGUUGUAGUGGGUUGGUUGGACCUAUUCUCCCACAAAACCCCAACUACAAAAUAACAGCUAAAUCAUACAACACUGUAGCACUGUGAGGUUUGAGGUAAUAACCGAAUGUCAACAACAACAAGGACUUUAUUUGCGUAGCCAACAGGCCAUAGCAUCAAAGGACAAACACCGACAAAAAUACAUUACAAAUAUAGUUACCGUAUAAUCUUAUGGCCUAUUAAAACCCUAGGUAAAAGCUGGAUUAUCAUUCAUCAAUGUCCCUCUGUCCCAUGGGCGGCGGCCUUUUCUCUGGUAGGAUAUUCCAGGUCGGUUAAGUAAAUAGACCAGCCAAAUUGAAAGAUUAUGAAUAUAAAUAUAACCUCGGGGGAUGGUCAGGACAGGGAGAAAGAUAAUAGUAACCAGAUGCAGAUAAGUUAAUAAUCUCAGUACUUAAAACUUGGCAGAGAUAAUAAAAUGGUAAUAAUAAAACAUAAUGAUAAUAAUGAUAAGAUCCUAGGCGAGGAAUCCGGGUGACGACACUGAUGUCAUUCAGAUGGCAGCUCUCAGUCUCAUUGCUCUCUCGAUAAAUUUAGCAACCUUCUCUGUUGUCGAGCUGUUCUGGUCGGCUAGGAGUGAGAACAAUUUGGCUUCACAAGAGCGGCCCGGGAUGGCAGAUAGGAGCGGUGUGAUGGUCUCGUCCCUGAGAUCUUUAUAUAGGGAACAAGACAGGAGAACGUGUGACACAGUCUCUACGUAGCCAGCUCCACAGGGGCAGAGCCGGUUCUUGAAUGAAAUUUUUUGAUAUCUACCUUCAAGAACAGCUGAGGGUAACACAUUUAGUCUGGCCAACGUAAAGGCCCGUCUGAGUUUUGGAAUAGUUAAGGUAGACAAAUAAGGGGCCUGAAUGUAAUAAUUCAAAACUUGUGUUUUUUCUUUCCUUCGGAACUAGUUUUAUUCGCAGGCGUUUUAUUUUUCAAACAAUGGUUUGAUGGUGAUUUGGAAAAGCCACUUUUUUCAGUUGGUUUUUCAAUAAGCCAGCUACCGUGGGAUAAAAAAGUCUAGGGCAAUCGGCGGUGAAAUUGAGCCAAAAGAAAACCAGCAAUCACAGGCAGAAUCAGGCAGUGGCGUAGCGUGGGGGGUGCAGGGGGGGCUGGCCGCACCGGGCGCAACAUCUGGGGUGGGCACGCUCGCACUCGCAGCUCUCUGCCCCUACCUGGCUCACUCACUCUCUCUCACUGCAGUGCUGGCUGUGCGAAUCUGAUCCGAGCCGCUGGGUCACCGCCCACUGUGGAGGGGGUGGGUGCCAGGCGUGCGGUGCGGAGAGAGAGCGAGGGACUAUCUGGGGGAGGGACAGUGCAGCGGCCGCCCAGCACAGCGCUGAGCGCGGGAGAGAACCACACCAGACCAGCCCAGGCAGCAGCAAGAAGCAGCUGGCAGCGGCGGCAGGUUAGGGGUUAGGGGGCGCAAAUUACUUGCCUUGCCCCGGGUUAGGGGGCGCAAAUUACUUGCCUUGCACCGGGUGCUGACAACCCACGCUACGCCACUGGAAUCAGGAGCUUCUCAGUCCUUCCUGUCCCUCCAUGUAUUCCAACCUAUAAGUGACCUUGCAAACAAAAUAGCAAAGGAAUUCUGGUAUGCAGAGGUGGAGUGGCUUUGAGAACAAUUCGGAACAUGAUAAAUGGGUGUGUAAGUGAAAGGCUGGCUGAAGGAAAUGUGGGGGAAACCUCUUGCACAGAUACGCAGGUUUGUACCCAGUAAUUCUUCUAGUGGCUGAGGCAACCUUUGGUGUAAAUGACCCCUGAGAUCUGGGUCAGUCGUGUUUGCACAUCACUCUUAAUUUUUCCAAGCACCUUAUGGUGAAACCUUUGUCCGGCUUGGAUGCCUGCAGUUUAGUGUGGGAACAGACGACACUGAAAAGCAAUGCGUUUGAGGGUAUAAUGAUGAAAUCAGUUCUUUCUGUGCAGUGGGCCCAUUCAUACACACAAGUCAUCCUUUGGUACUGCAGUCAUCUAGAGAUGACUUUGCAUGCGGGUGCCAGGCUUGAGUGGCUGGGAUGAGGAACCCUUGGACUUCAUCUCCCAUCAUCCCUGACUAUUGGCCAAGCCAGCUGGAGCUGCUGGGAACUGAAGUCCAACAAUAUAACUUUGUGUUGUAGAUCCCCACUUAGCGUACCACCACCCCCGUUAGAAAAAUAUAAAUUAAUGUGAUCUACCUCCUGGCGCUUCCUUGGGAUAUAAGGAUUAUAAACCACUUGGUAUACUCGGAAGUUCUUUAUGAGACACAAUGCCAGGACUCCCCCUCCCCUUCCCCCCUUUUUGCUGUACAAAAGCCAGGAUAAUGAAGGCCGUGACAUGAAAGAGCCAAGGUUUAUUCCUUUCUCUUUUCAAAGCCUGCCAGCCUCUUGUCUGUUUUGGCAGUGGGCAGCUGCAGAGUCAUUAAGGUAACCAGUAUCCCAACCUCUUAAAGCUCAAAAUGACCUUGAAUUCAUCAAGUGGAAGACAUUUAAUACCGGCCCUCCGGCCCUCGCCAUUGCACCAGCGAGACAAAACCCCUGUUCCUUUUGGCCUCAAGUACAGCUCCUCUUUGUGCAGAGGUCAGACGGGAGGCUGUUCUGCCCCCAGUGAAAGGGGCUCAGGGACUCCUUUUUGUUGCUGCUGCAUAUUCUGAGAGGGAGAGAGGCUGGCAGCUUGGCUUGUCAGCGGCUCUUAAUCUGCGCUGCUCGCCUUGGUAAGAACAGAGCUGUGUUUCAGGAGCUGAGGGGACCUUGUUGAAGCAAGUUUUCGACUCCGAUCUCCAUUUCUCUCUUUUUUAAAAAGAAAGAAAGAAAUGCCUCUUGCGAAAGGAGCAGGGCAGACUGAAAAGCUUCGUCCCCAAGUGCUCUCAAAUUUGGCUUGGCAAUAUGCAUUUAUCGUAAUGAUACCUGAGGCUGAAUGAAGGGCUUGUCUGCCUCCAAAAGGCUCUGCCUUAAAGUUCCUAGUGACUGAGCGCCAUCCUAAGCACUGGGGCUGUUCCUGCUGCUUCUGAUGUGAUCAGCCAAGGCCUGCCUCACGUUCUCCUCCUUAGCUCUCCCUCUCCUUCAACACAUCUGGGCUUGCUUGCUGCUGGUUUUCUCAAGACUGAAAAGGUAAAGGGACCCCUGACCAUAAGGUCCAGUUGUGACUGACUCUGGGAUUGCGGUGCUCAUCUUGCUUUAUUGGCCAAGGGAGCUGGCGUACAGCUUCCGGGUCAUGUGGCCAGCAUGACUAAGCUGCUUCUGGCGAACCAGAGCAGCGCACGGAAACGCCGCUUACCUUCCCGCCGGAGUGGUACCUAUUUAUCUACUUGCACUUUGAUGUGCUUUCGAACUGCUAGGUUGGCAGGAGCUGGGACCGAGCAACGGGAGCUCACCCCGUCGCGGGGAUUCGAACCGCCGGCCUUCUGAUCGGCAAGUCCUAGGAUCUGUGGUUUAACCCACAGCGCCACCCGCGUCCAUUUCUCAAGAGUAGACUUACUGAAAUGAAGGGACCUAAGCCAGCCAUGUCCAUUAAUUGCAGUGGGUCUGCUCUGAGCAUGGCUGAAAUUGGAUACAACGCCAUGUCUUGGGCUCUAUGCACUUUUGGAAGCAAAAUAAUCGUAUGAAAGUUUAUGCUGUUCAUAGUUUCAGUUUGAAUGAAGAGUUUGGAAUUUCUAGGGUGUGUGUGUGUGUGUGCAUAUGUGCGGCACACCGGUCAGCUUCUGCUGUUUAAAACAUUUAAAUCCUCACAUCUUAUUUUUUAAUUAUUUGCAUUUUCAAAAAUGGGAACAGAGAGCAUAUUUAACCCCCUCCCCCUUCCCCCUGUCCCACUUACAGCUUCAUACCAAAUACAGUGUGCAUACACACAAAAGCUCAUAUCAAUAACUAACAUAGUUGGUCUCUAAGGUGCUACUGGAAGGAAUUUUAUUUAUUUAUUUUUUACUUAUUUUUUUGUUUCAGCAUAUAUACAUAUGCCAUAUGACUUCCCUUCCACAGUUUUCCUGGUUCCUUUGCUUUUCCAGUACUCUAUGUAAUCCACGUCUUUUUAAUCAUCCAAUUUGUUCUCUAUUAAAUACCCUAUCUAUUUCAAAUCUGCUAGAUUUACUCGAGACCUACUAAGCUAUGUAUCUGUUUAUACUGGUUCUUACAAUAUUCAAUCAACUUGUCCAUUCUUCACAUCUAUUUGACAGCAGGACUCCAAGUUAAAUAGCAUACAACAAAAUAGCAUACAACAAAAAUAUAUUAUUUUAAAAAGUUUGGAAGGUAGUGGUGACUGGAAAAGUUGCACAGAAAGUGCAGGGUUUUUUAAAUGAUUCUGCAAGGACCAUGUUGGAAAAUAACCCUUCACACUUUGCAUGCUCUCCAGCCAUGAUACCCAGUAAUUCCUGAAGAACAUCUUGGGCAUCUAGAUAGAUUGCACUUCCUUGAGAUUUGCAGCAGCAGCUGUGAUGGAAGCAAUGGAUGGGCAAUGGUGUCAACUGUCCCUUCCUCUGGGCCUUUGAUGUUCUCUUAGUCCUAUUGACCCUUGUUCUUGCACGUUCUUCUUGUUCUGUUUUAUUUAAUGCAUGUUUAUUCUUCCUGUUGCAUAUCUUAGAACCUGGUUUUAAUACUUUCGAAAUACAGUUUCAAGGAUCAGAUCAGCGGUCUGUAAGAGCAUCAGUUGUGGGAGUAGUUAGAUUUUGGGACGGCAGACUACUGGGACCUUGAUAUAAGCAAUCAUAAGCAAAUGCACCUCUCAAACACAUACAAAAUUCAUAUGCAUAAAUUUCUUUUUAAAAAAACUACAGUGGUACCUUAGGUUACAUACGCUUCAGGUUACGUACGCUUCAGGUUACAGACUCCACUAACCCAGAAAUAUUACCUCGGGUUAAGAACUUUGCUUCAGGAUAAGAACAGAAAUCGUGCGGCGGCAGCAGGAGGCCCCAUUAGCUAAAGUGGUGCUUCAGGUUAAGAACGGACCUCUGGAACGAAUUAAGUACUUAACCCAAGGUAAUAUUAAGUAUAUUAAGUACUUAACCCGAGGGAGCCAGUGUGGUGUAGUGGUUAAGAGUGGUGGACUUGUAAUCUGGUGAACUGGGUUCACUUCCCUGCUCCUCCACAUGCAGCUGCUGGGUGACCUUGGGCCAGUCACACUUCUUUGACGUGUCUCAGCCCCACUCACCUCACAGAGUGUUUGUUGUGGGGGAGGAAGGAAAAGGAGAGUGUUGGCCGCCUUGAGACUCCUUCGGGUAGUGAUAAAGGGGGAUAUCAAAUCCAAACUCUUCUUCUUCUUCUUCUACCACUGUAAUUCAACAGAACAGCAAAAAGAAGCACCAACAGGUAACUCCUCAGAAAGCUAGCCUAAAUGGAGGUCCCUUGCAGAGCUGCCUGAAUCUUCUCUCAGAGCCUCAGGGGUAUUGCAAGAAAAGCCUUGGCUCCUCGCCACAGAUCCGAUCUCCUGUAAUGAUGGUAUUCUGGGGUGGGCAGAACCUGCUUGACUGAAAUUGAUACAUGCAGCUCCCAGUCAGUGUAAGGAACAAGUCGUAGGUCUAUAUACCCUAAAUAUCAAACUAGGAAUUUCAGAGAGGAUCUUGAGCACUGAUUGAUGCUGCAGUUUCCCUUUCGCUAAGUAUCUCUCUUGCUGGAAUUUGAAUAACAUACUCACAAUUCUCCCUUUUUGCAGGACUCCCACAUUUGCUGGCGGACUCUUUGCCAUUUCCAAGUCCUAUUUUGAGCACAUCGGCUCUUACGAUGAUCAGAUGGAAAUCUGGGGUGGGGAAAACGUGGAGAUGUCCUUUCGGGUAAGAAGGAAAGGUACAAUAUCCUAAUUGCAGUACAGCUAUGGCUGGCCCGGCGUAUUUUCCAACUAUACCAUAUUUGCAGCACAGGGAAGCAUUCAUUCAUUCAUUCAUUAAUCAAUCAAUCAAUCAAUCAAUCACCAGCUCUCCAACAAGGCAAUCCCGGGGAGAGGAUGAGAAACAACAUUCCAUCGUUUGCUUUGUAAUGUGUUGCCAUUAGGGUUGGGUUGUCUUGCUGCUUUAAAGGGGAAAAAAAUCAAAACUAAAGGAUUGUGACGUGAGCAAGCCUAGUCUCUCCCUGGGCUCACUUCCCUCCCCUGAGAUGUCUUUUUUCAGGUUUCAAUUAACCAUAAUUUAACAUUGCACCCAAACCCUAAACCUGUGGUUGAUGAUACCUGUGAUUUGUUGAAAUAAGCCAGCUUCAUAAACCACAGUUUCAAAGCUGGCUUGUUUAAAAUAAACCAUAGUUAAGAUUAAUCAUAGUUUGUUGGAUUUGGAUUGCACAGGGAAGGUGUAGUUAACCAAAACUGGAAGCAAAAUCUUCCAGACUCUUCCUCCAUGGAGAAAAAGGGGUGGGGAAGAGAGGGUCGUUCCUGUUGCGAUAAAACAUGCAUCCUGCAUAAAUAGCAGUUCCAUGUAUAUACCUUCAAUUUCUAUUGAUAAAGGAUGUGUGCAAGCAGCAAUGUGGUUCUGAAUUUGCUCACAGCAAGUGUGACAACUACACAUUAUUGAAAGAGUUAUGCUCCCUUAGAAUUACUAGGAAAGUGUAAGAAAAUCUGGGAUAUUGCAAACUUGGUAAAAUUUACAGAUUAGAUAUGGGUAUAUAAAGUAAAGGAAAUAACUGAAAUCCUUUUUAAGGAGGGGAAGUAUUUUUCUUUCAUUAUUGCAAUGAAAAGCUUGAGUGGAUCACAUGGGAGCUCUUUAUGGUGGUUUUACGAACAUAAAUGUUAAUUUUCAAAAGGGCCCCGUCUGAAAAGCAGCUUUCGAAGGCUAAAAGCUGUUUGGAGUGCCACCCUGUGGCUGCAAGGAAAAUCAGAAGUGGGUAUAGAAGUUUCUUAGAGAGCCAGGGAUCUCCUAUCCAAGACUGCCAAUACACACCCACAAAAAUGCCUGGUCGUGCCUUCAGUGGUAUACUCAGGUCUAUAAUGUGCCCAAAGCCAACUAGCAGAAGGGAGCAAGUAGCUGCAACAUAUUCUGUUGCAGCGACAUUAAGCAUGGUUGCAGCUGCUUGUAUCACCCUAGUGAUGUUCACCCACCCCUGGUUGCUAGCUAGACAAAUCUCAAAGUGGCAAAGUCCAGAUUACUUCUAAGUGGGACCCCAAGGUAGGGCCUAGUUUCAUCCGUACCAGAGUGGAAUGUGUGCUUUGGGGCAUAAGGAAUCCUUGGGUUGGUGAAGAGGCCCUUUAGCGCCUCACUGGGGUCACCAGCUCUGGGUGUGGGGCCUAGACUCCUUUGAAGGGGCUGAUGGGGAAGAGGAUGAUCUCGGGAUUUCUGCUCCUCAGACUCUGGUGCUGUUGGAGCUCUCUGAAUCUUGCUGGCAGAACCAUUCUGUACCUGAAUCGCAGCAUUCAUGGUCGUGACACAAGGGUAGAUGACAUGUGAAACGCAUAAUUUGUGUUUCAGUUUGCUAAUUUGUUUUUUGUAUAAUUUUUAUUUUUUCUAUUUUGCAUUUUAGAAUAUUCAUUUGAACAACCUUAAAAUGUCAAUGACUUCCCUUCUUCUCCUUCCAUUGUUCAGUUUGCAUGCCAUAGAGCCCUGCAUAUUUUACAUAAACUAAACCAUUCAGUAUCCCAUUAUUACAUCCAUCAAAACUUAUUUACACUGUUGAAUAUAUCUUAAUGCUGCCAGCAUUUUCAAAUAUACACAACUUUCACUCAUAUAUUCAGUAAACAUUUUCCAAUCUUCUUUAAAUGUAUAUUCUUCUUGUGCUCUUAUUUUGUAAGUUAAGUCUGCCAGCUGCGUGUAUUCCAUCAGUUUAAGUUGCCAUUCUUCUUUAGUUAGAACCUCACUCGUUUUCCAAUUUAGGGCCAACAAAACACGGGCCACAGUAGUGGCACACAUAAAUAGCCUUUUUUGACACCUGGGAAUUUCCAUCUGAAAUAUCCCCAACAAAAAGGAUUUCUGGGUUUUUUUGGGGGGGCGGAGUACUUUUAAACAUUUUUUUUCAAUUCAUUACAAAUUAUUUCCCAAUACUCUUUUACCCUUUUACAAGUCCACCACAUAUGAUAGAACAACUGAUAGCUUGCUUUUUAAAGUUGUGGUGAGGAACCUGUGGACCUCCAGAUAUUUAACUCUGAUUCCCAUCAUUCCUGACCAUUUGGGACCCACACAAGAGUUGGUGGACUCCCCUUCCUUAGAGGAUUUUAAGCAGAGGUUGGAUGGUCAUAUGUCAAGUUGAGAUUCCUUCAAUGCAGGGGGUCAGACUAGAUGACCCCCAGGGUCCCUUCCAAUUCCACAAUUCAAUGAUUUGAUGACUAGCGGGAGUUGACCAGUGUCCAGAAGGCUACUGGUUCCCCAUUACAACAGCAGCUUUGGUGACUAGACUUUCAAGCAUGGUGCAGAGUGAGAGAGGCAGUGUCAAACAUUUUCUCCAUGCCACCGUUCCAAAGCUGCUAUUUUCCCACAUGCACCCAGGAAAGAAGAACUGGUGCCCAUGUCAGCUUCUCUCCUGUGUGAGAACCAGUGUGGUGUAGUGGUUAAGAGUGGUGGACUCGUAAUCUGGUGAACCGGGUUCGAUUCCCUGCUCCUCCACAUACAGCUGCUGGGUGACCUUGGGCUGGUCACACUUCUUUGAAGUCUGUCAGCCUCACUCACCUCACAGUGUUUGUUGUGGGGGAGGAAGGGAAAGGAGAUUGUUAGCCGCUUUGAGACUCCUUCGGGUAGUGAUAAAGCGGGAUAUCAAAUCCAAACUCCUGUGUGUGAGUUGGGGAGGGGUGAUCUUUGGUAAGGGGGAAAGCAUUCUUUGGGAAGAACUGUAGCUCAGUGGUAGAGCAUUUGCCUUGCAUGCACAAAGUCCCAGUUCAAUCAAUGGGAUCUCCAGGUACUGGGGACAUUUCUAAUCUGAAAGCCUGGGGAGCAGCUGCCAGUCAGGGUAGACAGUACUAAAGUAGAUGGACCAGUGCCAUAUAAGGCAGCUUCCUAAUGAUUGUGAUGCUGAUUCUCUCCCUUAAAGAAGAGAAAGGCAUAAAAGAGCCACACAUUUCACACCUUGGCCCAGGCAGGCUCAAAUUAAGGCUUUCUGUUGGCAUGGGGGGCAUAUCUUUUCUGCAGGUUUGGCAGUGUGGGGGCCAGCUGGAGAUCAUCCCCUGCUCCGUGGUUGGCCACGUGUUCCGUUCCAAGAGUCCCCACACCUUCCCCAAAGGAACUCAAGUCAUCUCCAGGAACCAGGUGCGUCUGGCGGAAGUCUGGAUGGACGACUACAAGGAAAUCUUCUACAGAAGGAACCAGCAGGCCUCCCAGAUGGCUAGAGAGGUAUGUAAGCCAACUUGCCCUGGAAGUUGCUCUGAAGGAUCAGGAGUGCCCGUCCCUUGUUUUCAAGCAUGUAUUUAGAGCAGCCUUCCUCAGUUUUUGGACUACAAGUUCCAUCAGCCCCAACUGGCAGAGUCUAUGAUCAGGGUUGACGGGAGUUGCAGUCCAAACAUCUCGAGGACAACAUUUUGGGGAGGUCUGAUUCAGAGUUGUUGCAUAGCGUCUUCUCAUUUCUCUAUGUAGAGCUGAUUCAGCUGUAGUGAAGAGGGUUCUCAAACAUAGUUGCAGGGAGCCUCACCAAGGCAAGAAAAAGCCCUGUACAGUGGACACUCGGGUUGCGAACGUGAUCCGUGCAAGAAGCACAUUCGCAACCCGCAGCACCGCACAUGCACACGCGCGGGUUGCGAUUCAGCACUUCUGCACAUGCGCAAAGUGCGAUUUAGCACAUGUGCAAGCACUGAAACCCGGAAGUAACCUGUUUCAGUACUUUCGGGUUUGGCAUGGUGCGCAACCCGAAAUCGUGCAACCUAAAGCAUCUGUAACCUGAGGUAUGACUGUAUGGGCAUUUCAUAGAAGCAUAGAAUUGUAGAGGUGGAAGGGACCCCAAGGGCCAUCUAGUCCAACCCCCUGCAAUACAGGAACCUCAACUAAAGCAUCCAUGACAGAUGGCGAUCCAACCUUUGCUUAAAAAACCUCCAAGGAAGGAGAGUCCAACCUCUCAAGGAAGACCGUUCCACUGUUUCAGUGGUUGGAUGACUGAGAGUUGCCCCUCUCUGACCCCUGAAGUGCCCAAGCAUAGGCUGGGGAGCAGGGAGAGAUCUGCUGGGGCCUUGCCAGGUGGUGGCAGUUGGGGGCAACUUACCCUCAAGAACCUCCAGAAGUCUAGAAAGGAGAGCAAUGUGGAGCCCCUCUAAGCCUCUGCAGACUCCUCAUGCAACGCCCAGGGCUGAGGCCUACCUUGGAUUUAAGCUCGCAUCCAGGGCCAUCUUACCCAUAGGCGCUAGGGGUGCAGGGCACCUGGGCGUCGGGCUCUCAGGGGCGCCAGGCCGAGAGUCCAGGGGCCGAGAGUUGAGUCCAGGGAAGAGCCUGCCCAUUGGUCAGAGCGCCACAGCGGGCUCUUCUGCUGCAACCGGCUCUGCGCUGUGAGUUUGGGGGCGACCGAACCAGCGAGAUGCUGAAGCGGCCAGCCAGCUCCGUCCUCCUGCGUGCCUGGGACUGGGCAACUGGGGGGGGCGCACCGUGCGGAUCUUACCACCCCAGCGCCGCAUAUGCUUAAGACAGCCGUUCUCGCAUCUUAAGCCAUGGGUAGGUAAGCUAAGGCCCAGGGGCUGGAUGUGGCCCAAUCACCUUCUAAAGCUGUCCCGCGGAUGGUCCAGAAAUCAGCGUGUAUUUACAUGAGUAGAAUGUGUCCUUUUAUUUAAAAUGUAUCUCUGGGUUAUUUGUGGGGCCUGCCUGGUGUUUUUACAUGAGUAGAAUGUGUGCUUUUACGUAUUUAAAAUGCAUCUCUGGGCUAUUUGUGGGGUAUAGGAAAUCGUUCAUUUCCCCCCAAAAAAAUAUAGUCCGGCCCCCCACAAGGUCCGAAGGACAGUGGACCGGCCCCCUGCUGAAAAAGUUUGCUGACCGCUGUCUUAAGCAAAUAAAAAAAUAAAGUAAGGAAUUGUUUGUUUUCAGAAUUCAUUUAGAGAUUUGGUGGGUUCUGCUGUGGGUUAAACCACAGAGCCGAGGACUUGCUGAUCAGAAGGUCGGCGGUUUGAAUCCCCGCAACGGGGUGAGCUCCCAUUGCUCGGUCCCUGCUCCUGCCAACCUAGCAGUUCGAAAGCACGUCAAAGUGCAAGCAGAUAAAUAGGUACUGCUUCAGCGGGAAGGUAAACGGCAUUUCUGUGCGCUGCUCUGGUUCGCCAGAAGUGGUUUAGUCAUGCUGGCCACAUGACCCGGAAGCUGUAUGCCGGCUCCCUUGGCCAAUAAAGCGAGAUGAGCGCUGCAACCCCAGAGUCGGUCACAACUGGACCUAAUGGUCAGGGGUCCCUUUACCUUAUACAGGAAAGAGGGUGGGCAGUGAUAGUGUCUCCUUUUUAUGAACUGAUACUUCAAAAACAAACAAACCAUGCUGUGCCUUGUCAGAAAACGUAUGGAGACCUCGCUGAGAGGCUUGAGCUGAAGGAGCGGUUACAUUGCAAGAACUUCACCUGGUACCUACAAACCAUUUAUCCCGAGAUCUUCAUCCCAGACCUUACGCCGGCGUUUUACGGAGCUGUAAGUGUGGGUUUGGCGUGUUCACUGCAUGAGAGAGUUCUUUCUGGGCCACAGCAAAGGAGCAUCUAGCCUUGCCUUCUAUAUCCAACCACGUUCCGCCAGAUGCCUCAGGAAGAAACACCCCAAAUUUUCCACUUGGCCCUUCCUUGGUUCAUAAUAUAUUCUGCAGUGAGGACUGGCUCAGAAUGCCAGUAUCUGGUCCAGAUUCGGAUUGAGAAUAUAUGUAGGGGGAAGUGGGGCAGAUUGAUACAGAAAAAUUCAAUCUCAUAUUUUAUGUAACAAAAAUGAGUCAAAUGAUUUUUUAUUUUUUAUUUUUGCUUGAUGCAUGGCAUAACUAAUCAAUGUUAUAAUAGCAAUCAAAAGAACCAUUAAAGUUAGAAGAUAAUGAGAAUAUAAUGACUUCAGUAAAAAAAAAUGGGGUUUGUAUCAUUCUGCCCCACCGAUGGGGCACUUUGAUACAAAGCAUAAAUUGUAUGAGAAUAGUAAUUAUUUGCAAAAAUUUAAUGAAAAAACAUUUUUUAUUGUGAGAGAUCAUAAUCAGCCUUACAAUUAGCUACUUAAAAUUUAAAUUACGUGUCAAAACUAAAAGUGUUUCACACAUAUCAUAGACUUUAUGGCAGGUUUUCUUAACAAAACAUCAAAACUUACAUUAAUCUCUCCUCAAACACCUAUCCAUUAAAAAAAAACUUAAAAAGUAUAAGAACUCACAUUAGGUAGUUCAAAAAAUAGUAAUUUAAACAAAAUGCUUAUAAAAAAUAAUAUAACUACUUAAAGUUUAGCUUCUAUUUCACAUUAUAUCCACUUAAGUCAAUAGAAAAAGUACAAAGAGAUGAUGUUUGACAAACAUACAAGGUCCUGGUUUUUUCCUGAGAUAUGACACUUGAUAAUCGGUCAUAUUAUAUUUAGAAAUGACUUUGGCCACGUAGUAAACAACAGUUUUUUUCUUUUCAAAUUUAAUGAGUUUAGAGAUUUCAUGCAAACUUGUAUAUUGGGGCACUAUUGUACACUAGUGGGGCACUUUUAUAUGUAUCAAUGUGCCCCGUGUCUUAGUGUAUCAAAGUGCCCCAGUGGACAUAUUUUUUUGAAAAACCACACCUAACAAUUAUUAAUAAAACCACUGAACUUAUUUAAAAAUCACGUGUAAUCCUGACUACUGAGUGCAAUAACUUACCUUUGGGUAUUUUUAAAUCGUAACUAAACGACAUAAAACAGCGUUGGAACACUUUUACAUUUCACGUAAUUUUUUAGUUGGCCGUGCUAAAAACAUACCUACUCUUGUCAAACGCCAACGGCUAACUGGCGGGCGGCGCAGUCGCAACUGUUGUACUCACACAUGUAUAGACACGUUUUAGUGAUGUCGCAACACAAAUAACAUUUCUCGAUAUUGAAAUAUUGUUGGUGCAUCAAUGUGCCCCGCUUCCCCCUAUGUUCCAAAUCCAGAUGGUAGGCCUGUAAAACCUACAUGUAUAAACAUUUAAAAUUGCUUGUGUAUUUCCAAUCUUCCAUCCCACUCCAAUGUGACUAAGAGUGAAACUCCGGGAAUAGGUUUGAUUCUCCACCAAGUGAAAAUGAUGCAUGUCUUCACACAUCGACUCAUAUCUUUUGUCCUGUGCUUUCCAAGCACAACGCCAUGCUUUAAAGCUGAAGCACAACAAAGGGCACUUCAGGUUUCCCCCAGAUUGCCAUUUGCUAUGAUUCAGCAGGUUUGGGGGGAAGUGCCAAGGCAGGAGGGGGGAGCACUCGGACACAGAGCUUUAAAGAAGGGACCUAUGCAGCAGAAAAGGAACUCUGGAUGCGUCUUUUAUUCGCUGCCCUUUGGCUUUGCUACAGAACGCAAACCCUGCAUUAACCAGCCUUCAAAAGCUUUAAUUUUUGCUUUGUCAAUCUGUACUUCUCAGCUUAAGGGACGCAGGUGGCACUAUGGGUUAAACCACAGAGCCUAGGACUUGCCGAUCAGAAGCUCGGCGGUUCAAAUCCCCACGACGGGGUGAGCUCCCGUGGCCCGGUCCCUGCUCCUGCCCACCUAGCAGUUCGAAAGCAAAUCCAAGUGCAAGUAGAUAAAUAGGUACCGCUCCGGCGGGAAGGUAAACGGCGUUUCCGUGCGCUGCUCUGGUUCGCCAGAAGCGGCUUAGUCAUGCUGGCCACAUGACUGGAAGCUGUUCGCCGGCUCCCUCGGCCAAUAAAGCGAGAUGAGCGCCGCAAACCCAGAGUCAGUCACGACUGGACCUAAUGGUCAGGGGUCCCUUUACCUUUACCUUUACUUCUCAGCUUAUGAACUCUUGACUCCUUCCUUCCCUCCAGUAGCGGAGCAUAUGCCUGCGCUGCCCAGAGCGGGCACGCUCCCAAGGGGUGUGUGGUGCAGAGUGUGUCCUCCCAGGCAUGGAAUAGCCGCUCAGGGUCCCUGCAGCUGGGGAUGGAGCGAGCCGCCCAUGGCGAACAUUCAGCGCGCCACCUGCCCGCAACUCCCAAGCCUACCCCAAGCUGUCAAAAUGAAGGGGGAAGGGGGGAACAGCGUCGGCAAAGCGGCACAGCUCCCCCUCUUACCUCGAUGGCUCAGGGUAAGCUUGGGAGUCACGGGCAGGUGGCGCACCGAAUGUCAACCCCCUCAGUGAGGGCACCCAGGGCGGUCCACCCCCACCACCUCCCUUCCUAAGCCCCUGCUUCUCUCCCUCCCUCCCUCUGUCAGUUCUACUAAGGAACCAGUCUAAUGGCCUUCACUGUCUCCAGAACUUAGAAUAUUCUGAUUUGAAACCUAAGUGGGAAGGUUUUAGAAAAAAGGUGUAUAUAUUGCAAGGGAGUGGUACAGUUUUUGUUUCUUGAGCAGGAACUAGGUAUGCUAGUAGCUAGAAAUGGAAGAUAAGUUAGAUAUGGUUGCUUUGAGAGAGGUGGGAGGUUAGCUGGGCUGAAGAGGGGGAAUUCGGGACUGCACACUGCUUACAGAAAGAGUGCAGAGUCAACAAGGCUGUGUCUCUGAGUAUUUAGGCAAAUUCGCACCUAGGUACUGCUUCCGGCUGUAGAUGGACCCCUGACAGUGUUGUAUUGUUUUCAGAUUAGAAAUGAGGGUGCCAAACGCUGCCUGGAUGUUGGAGAGAACAACCAUGGAGGGAAGCCGCUCAUCAUGUACCCCUGCCAUGGGAUGGGAGGCAAUCAGGUAUGGAAUUCAUGAGAAAAGUCCGGUCUUAGGGUGGAAUCCAGCAAAACACUCCCAUUUGUGCAAUGAAACUUCCCUUCCUUCUCCUCUCAUGUGCUUUCCCAACCCUUCUGGGGAACUGGAAAAAACCUCAGAACAGAUUUAGUGGGUACACAGGGAAAGAUGGAGAUGGAGGGGAUGUUCUACUACGCAGCCAAAAGUCCUUGUGCAAAUGGAACUGCUUCGUUGGACACCACCCCAUGUCUCUUCUCAUGUCUGAACACACACCACAGGGCUAUGUUUUCAGGGACUGCAGUCUGGCAGUUUUGUGCUGCUCUGUGAUUUCAGGCAAACAGGUGCUUCUGUAGAGAUAGUUCUGCACUGUCUGAAUUACUUCCCUAGUAUAAAGGGAUGCAGGUGGCGCUGUGGUCUAAACCACAGAGCCUAGGGCUUGCCGAUCAGAAGGUCGGCGGUUCAAAUCCCCACGACAGGGUGAGCUCCCAUUGCUCGGUCCCUGCUCCUGCCAACCUAGCAGUUCGAAAGCACGUCAAAGUGCAAGUGGAUAAAUAGGUACCACUCCGGCGGGAAGGUAAAUGGCGUUUCCGUGCGCUGCUCUGGUUCGCCAGAAGCGGCUUAGUCAUGCUGGCACAUGACCUGGAAACUGUAUGCCGGCUCCCUCAGCCAGUAAAGCAAGAUGAGUGCCGCAACCCCAGAGUCGUUCACGACUGAACCUAACGGUCAGGGGUCCCUUUACCUUUACCUUCCUAGUGUAAGAGCUUACCCACAUUUUCCCCCUAGGUUUCCAUUUUAAAACAGAAAAAAGAACACUGCAUUAAUCAAAAUACACCUUCUACAGUCAUAUCUUGGAUCUCGAACGGCUUAGUAGCUGAACAAAUCGCCUCCUGAACACUGCGAACCCAGAAGCAGGUGUUCUGGUUUGCAAACCUUUUUCGGAAGCCAAAUUUCUGACGCGGCUUCCGCGGCUUUUGAUUGAUUUCAGGAAGUUCCUGCAGCCAAUUGGAAGCCGCACCUUGGUUUUCAAACGGUUCCGGGAGUCGAACAGAUAAAGUUCGACAACCAAGGUACAACUGUAUAGACUUGUUCCCCAAAACAGUUGAGAACAGUUUUACAAAACUGGAAAGGGAUUGCCUACCACUUUGUUUUGCAUCCACGUUUUCUUGACGUGUAAAAAUAAACCGCUCUACUCCAGAACAAAGCAAAAGCCUGACUCCUCUCAGUUGUUUUCUUUUCUUUUUUUAUAAGAUAUUUAUUAAAGUUUCAAAAGUAAAAAAAAAAAAAGUUACAAUAAUAAUAAUAAAAAAGAAAAAAAGAAUAAAAAAAGAAAAAAGAGAAUACAAAAUACAAAAAAGUAAAAACAAUUAAAAACAAAUCAAUCUUUCCAUAUCUUGUCUUUCAUUCACUUGUUUCCCUGACCUCCUCACACCUCCCCUUUUUGUAUUCCAGUUCAGUAAGUUAAUUCAGCAAAUCCUUUCCCUCUUUGUUUUUAUCUUAGUCCUUUGUCUUAAUAUGUAAUAACUGUAUAUUCUCAUCUGUUAGCAGUCCAUUUUUACAUACUCCUUGUAACAUUGCUACUAAAAACCCCUUAGCUUCUCCUCUCAGUUGUUUUCUGAUGAGGAAGGCCUCUUAGCAACUCCCCGGUGGCUGUUCUUUUGUGUGUCGUUCUCAGUACUUUGAAUACACAUCCCAGCGAGACCUGCGGCACAACAUCGGCAAGCAGCUCUGCCUCCGUUCCAAGAUGGGACCCGUGGAACUGGGAGACUGCCACUAUACAGGGAAGCACUCCCGGGUGCCGGAAAAUGAAGAAUGGGAACUGACUAAUGUGAGUGCUUUAAGUUAUAGACAUAGGUAGAUUUCAGAGCAGCGUGCUUCUCUCUUGCUCUCGGAACCCCUGUUUUUGCCCCCCCAUCGGUCAUCCACUUCUUGCCAGACAGACACCCCUUGCUGCUAUGGCUACAGCGUGGCCUGGCCUGGCCAAAGUACAUAAUGGGCAGUUCUAUUCUGCCAUUUUUUCUGGAGAGCAAGGAGUUCCUUCUGAGAGCAGCCACUGAGUGUGGGCUUGGGGUGUGCUGUAAUGAGAAGUUGCAGCAGCCACCACAAAGGAGGAUCUGACGAUCCCUCUUGGCUUUGAAGGGGAAGUGGGGAAGAGAGAGAACUCCAUUUUCACAAUGCUGUUUGUUUGCUGGGUUGUUCCAUGUUUCUCUAGCACAGGCAUAGGCAAACUUGGCCCUCCAGAUGUUUUGGGACUACAAUUCCCAUCAUCCCUGACCACUGGUCCUGUUAGCUAGGGAUGAUGGGAGUCCCAAAACAUCUGGAGGGCCGAGUUUGCCUAUGCCUGCUCUAGCACCUGGUCUGGUGAUGGUCUCAAAAAAAAAGUCAUUCUAAAAAUUCAUGAAGGGGCAAGUCUCUCAUUGACUAACUAGUAUUUAUUAAUUUAUUCCAUUUAUAUCCUGUCCUUCCUCCCCAUGAGAGCCAAAUGAGCUUAGCUAAAUAAACACGUAUGCUUAAUAACCUGUCUGAAAAUGGUUGAUGCCAAAGACAGGGUUUUAAUCUCUCUUUAAACAAUAGGGCUGUGAUGAAAAACACUGGAAUUAAGAUGUUUCUGGCUCUUGUUUUUUGGAGGGGGCAAGUGAGUCUGCAGAACUCCAACGGGGUGAUUUUGUUUGUGGGGUGGCCAUAUUCACAGUGUUUUGGCAGCGGUGAGGUAUGCUGACCAUGGUGCUAAGGAUAAGGAGACCCUUUUCAAAAAAUAAACAAUAAACUUCCAGAAUUGGGGGAAAUGUCAAAUGAGCCACAAUUCUUCACCACAAACAUGCUUAUGGGAUAUUCUGGCCUUCAGGGGAGUGCAGGAAGCUGUAGCCACUCUCUGACCACCCAGAAGAACUCCUGUCUUGUCCCCUGGCGGCUGCUGUCCAUGGUAGCAGCAACAGGAGUUAACAUUUUCCUUGUUAAUGGUCAUUUGCCACAAACAACAACAAAAACCUGACUUGAGUAGCAGAUAUUUUCCCCACAGUCAGGAGGGGAGAGGAUGCUUUUGCUAUGGUAAGUGCACCCCCCUUACUUCAGAAACACUGCAAAUAUUUCCCCUCCUCCACCCCCAAAACCAAUUAACUUUGACCCCAGCAAAUACCAGGCAAAUUUCAAGAGGGGCAUUUGGUCCUGCCCCAAAGAAUUGCAUAUUCCUAGAGUGCUGGACUUCCUUGGAAGCCUUGUGAGCUAUAGGUAAAAAAGUAAAGGGACCCCUAACCAUUAGUUCCAGUCGCAGACCUCUGGGGUUGUGGCGCUCAUCUCGCUUUACUGGCCGAGGGAGCCAGCGUACAGCUUCCGGGUCAUGUGGCCAGCAUGACUAAGCCGCUUCUGGCAAACCAGAGCAGCGCACGGAAACGCUGUUUACCUUCCCUCCAGAGUGGUACCUAUUUAUCUACUUGCACUGCGUGCUUUCGAACUGCUAGGUGGGCAGGAGCUGGGACCGAGCAACGGGAGCUCACCCCGUCGCGGAGAUUCGAACCGCCAACCUUCUGAUCGGCAAGCCCUAGACUCUGUGGUUUAACCCACAGUGCCACCCACGACCUUGAGCUAUAGGUAAAGGUAAAGGUACCACUGCCCGUACGGGCCAGUCGUGUCCGACUCUAGGGUUGUGCGCCCAUCUCACUUAAGAGGCCGAGGGCCAGCGCUGUCCGGAGACACUUCCGGGUCACGUGGCCAGCGUGACAAAGCUGCUCUGGCGAGCCGGCACCAGCGCAGCACACGGAAACGCCGUUCACCUUCCCGCUAUAAAGCGGUACCUAUUUAUCUACUUGCACUUAGGGGUGCUUUCGAACUGCUAGGUGGGCAGGAGCUGGGACCGAAGGACGGGAGCUCACCCUGCCGCGGGGAUUCAAACCGCUGACCAUGCGAUCGGCAAGCCCUAGGCGCUGAGGUUUUACCCACAGCGCCACCCGCGUCCCGCUGAGCUAUAGGUACAGUGGUAUAAUAUCCAUAAAUCACACUCUGUGAGGAUACAGGGAAAAUCUAUCAGCUUUGUGUUCUCCUUUUCUAAUUGCUCAUAGGAAUCUCUCCUACUUCUCUUAGGGAUAGAAUACUGGGCUUGGAUGGACUUUGGAGUGAUCUAAGGCAAUGCUCUUCAAUUUCUUCUUUUUUUAGGAUCACCUCCUUAAAAAUGUGGCAUCUAACAAAUGUCUGUCUGCAAGGGGAGAGCACCCUUCCAUGGCUUCCUGCAACUCUGCAGACCCCCACCAGCUUUGGUACUUCAGCUAAGCGAUCCUGGCCAAGACCACGUAGCCUGUUGCCAACGUCCUCUUGUGAAAGUUUCUGUUCUCUUAACUCCACUACCAAGAAGACAGAGGACAAGUUCAGAGAAAGAAGGGAACCCAGUCAAAUAUGCUGCGUAAUCACACUUGACUUACAAAACACUUUUGUGCCUUUGUGGGAUGGGAUGGUCAAAGAGGACACAGCAAACCGUUGGUGUAUCUUUAGUUCUUUUUAAUUAAGUAAAAUUCCAAGCUGGUGAGUUUGCCCUUUAGAGUACCAUAAGUAUUGUUAAUCAAAGCUCCAUAUUGUGAGACGGACAACAACGGUGGUUUUAUUUUGCAGUAGAUUUAAAGGGGGGGGGCAUUGAUAGGAUGUAAAAUAUUUUUUUCCUCUUAACUUUUGUAUGCUGUGAGCAGCAUAGAAAGUAGCAGCUUGCGGAGCUGCAGAGCCUGCCCUAAGAAAUAGUUUACCUGUGGGAUAGUUUAGAAAAUAACUGAUGCCAAAGAUAAGAAUGACUUUAAACUCUGUUACAUAGGAAAAGCAUCUUCUGACCACACGGAGACUGUGGAAGGAGAAACUGCAUUGUAAAGACUUUGGGGGGACAUUUCUAAGAGUUUCUCAGCUGUGUUUCUCCCCCCCCCCAAGGAUCUUGCACACUGAUGCCGGUGGGCAGUGCAGAAACUGUUGCCCCGCCCCCCCAAGUUUCAGUAGGUUAGGACUGCAUUUUACAAUAGUGGAACACUGGAGUGUGGUAUUGUUUUGUGGCUGAAAUCUUCACCUCUUUGCACAGCCCCUUGCCAGUGCCUUACCUCGUCAGGCCUCUCACCAUCGUGCUGCAAAUAAGUCCCUUUCUCUCUUUUUUAAAGCAUCCUCAAGGCAGCUUAAUCCCUUUACCAAAGAGGGGAGAUGUACUCCCUGGACCUCAAGCAAAGGAAUGAUGGAAGGGUAGCAUUUUUGCUAGGCCCUUCCUUACGACUCCCAGGGACCUGGUGUGCCUUUCUGAUCACUGCAGUCCAGACCUCCAGAGGCCUUUGACAUGAACUUGACCCCCUCCCCACCUGUUUGUGUAGUCUGCACGGUUUGACAACUUCCUGAUCCUCUCAUUACCUUGAUUGUACACUGCGAUGCCUUAGAGCGAGGAAAGCUGCUAAUGUGCCUAUAUUUUUUAAGACCAGAUGGAGAAGCUGCUUGCUUUGAGGGAACAGAUGCUGCAGAAACCUGCAGAAUCACCUUCAUGGAUGGGAUUGUUGAGACUACCCAACAGGGAAUGAGUGUGUGCGUGCCUGUCUUUACAAAAACACCUGCUGAAGUAAAUUAGUACAUGAUAUACUGCUAGUUGCAGUUGCCUGAUGGAGCAAAACCCUGUCUUCCUCAUUUGUUUUGUAUGCUGUUAAGAAAAAUAGCUUAUUUGUUUUUGGGGUGUCACUGGAGGUGGGGUUUUUUAUUUUUUUCCCCAAAUGCAAGCCCAAGAUGCUGUUCAGCCACAAAGCAGCAGCUUCGUCGUGACUUCACAAUGAGCCUCUUCUUACCCAUAGCUUGAUUAGCUAUUGCACUGUCCAUUUAAUGCAAAGUGUAGAGAUGAAUUUGAAGGAAAAUGUACCUCUAGAACAUCCUAAGAAUUGGGUGUUUUUGAGCACACUACACUUUAAAAGCCGUUUGUUUGUGGGGUUUUUUGAAGAAAGACCAAAGGUGCUGACUGUUUCCCUAGAUUUUGAAUGCAGAGGUGACAUUGGUUUUCCCAUUGUGUUCAUUUCCAGGAAGGCUUUAGCUGAAAGGCAAAGACCUGCCUUGGUAAAUUACAACUGGAAAUAAUAAAACUUAAAAUUCUAUUUUACAAGAGAA